AUGACAUCUGGGUAGGAAUUCGGAAACUUUGAAUAGAUCAUGUGACAAAGUAUUCGUUUUGAUUGGCUGUGGCUUGCAACUAGUUGCACAAAGCUGAAAAGUUUCAACUGGAUGCAACAAAGUUGCAGAUCACAUCCGGCUGUGAUCGGGAGUCCUAUAGGGUGGAGCACAAUUGGCCCAGGGUUGUCCGGGUUAGGGGAGGGUUUGGCCAGGGUAUGCCGUCAUUGUAAAUAAGAAUUUGUUCUUAACUGACUUGCCUAGUUAAAUAAAGGUUAAACAAAUAAAAAUAGUUGCAAAGGGAUGUUUCUGGAAGCAACCAAAGUUGCUUUGUGUAACGGCAGCCUAAGAGAGAUACAAUGGUUGGUGAAAGAAAAGUGGAUACAGAGCUAGAGAGAAUUUAGAGUGAUGAACACAAUGGUGAUUGGUCUUUUAGUGAAAGGACCAAACCGCCUCUGUUACUCUCUCUACACACACACACAACCACAGUCACACAUAUCCUAAUAGCCCAAGCUUGCUCCCUGCCUGUCCCUUCUCAUAAUCCCCAGGCCUCUCAUUGUUACUGACCGUCCCUUAGGAGAAGUCCCGCCCUCAACCUCCUCCAGUGUGUGUGUGUGCGUGUGUGUGUGUGCAUGUGUGUGUGUGUGUGUGCGUGCGUGUGGAUAUAUAUUAGGGUUGUUUUAGUGUAUGAUUAUCAGGCUGGGCCUGACAUAUGGCAGUGGUAGCCCAAUGGGUUCCAGUAUACUGGGUCUUUGUGUGGUGUGUGACUGAUUGAUCUGCUAUAAUAUUGUCAGGGGGAAACUAUAUAAAUGAUUCACACUUUUAUAAUUAUCUGACUGAAUACGGAGUGUUCCAGGUUUCGCUCUCACUUUAAACAAACAGCAAAUUACAUUUGCUUGUAAAUGAUUUGUGAAGCACAUAUGAAGGCCUUAUAAAUGCUCUAUGAAGGCUUAAUGAAGCCUUUAUACGUGUUGGUCAUAGAGUGUAAUCCAUAUUUCUCUAUGCAGUCUGGUACAUGGUGAAACUCUGGGAUGUUAGAGAAUGGGAAUUGAGAUAGGCUUAUCGCCCAAUGAAGUCAUUUGCAGCCUUCAGGUUUUUUUUGCGUCAAAAACAAUUGAAAAUAAUUGCAUUUUGUUUUUCUAGGCAGCAAUUUAUUUCAGGCAAUUUUGCUCAAGGACAGGAAGUUAACAGCACUCUUAUGUCCAUAUACUUAAUGAAUGAAUCACCUACGUUUUCUUAGACACUUUGUUCAAGUUGUUUUUCCUCAGGGCAGCGAUAGCAGCUAAUGAGUUUCCCCCGACAAUAUUAUGAGGAAAUAACUGUCUGGUGUUGGAAUGGGGAGAGAGUUGGUUGCUACUUAACUUCAAAAAGUCCUCACUGGCGGAAGGGUGGUGGGGCUGUGCAGAGGAUAUGGUGUGUGUUUGUGUGUCCGUGUGUCCGUGUGUCCGUGUGUCCGUGUGUGUGUGUGUGUGCGGCGAGAACAGAGCUGCUGGUUUGACAACAAGGUCUGACAGUCUCACUGCAGAAUCAGACUUCCAAUCUCUUGUCCAUAAACGUAACAUUUUGAAGGUUAAGUUCAGGCAUUAAUUCCAAAUAGUUAAGUUAAGGGGUUAAGGUUUGGGAUAGGGUAAAAAAAAUAAAUAAAAAAAUAAGUAGUGCCUAGCACUGGGAUUGAACACGCGACCCUCGGAGCCGGAGCUGGCAGCUUAUGCCCGUCCACAACACCUAGCGAAACCCAAGCCUACAUGAUGGUUAUAGUGCUCACCGUUGCCCCUAGUGGCCGGUUUUGAAGUCAUCUCCUGACAUCCUGCUUCCCUGGAUGGACGUCUAAUUUCGCAGUGGAUCUUGAGCAACCUGGCUGUGUUUGAAGUUUUGAAGUUUAAUACUCUACAUAGCUGUAUCCUUUCUCUGAGAGAGAAACAGGCAUGAGAACACAGGGAAACGUGACAAUAUGUCAGUAUCGGAAAAGAGAAAGUGAAAGUGUAUAAAGAAAACAGUGUGUGUGACCUUUUCUUCAGUGUUUGUGUGCGUCCGUAUCUGCAUCUGUGUCUGUAGCUCUAUCUCUGAGUUCUAAUAGGAUUCUAUUAUUCAGUCUGCUCCUCUUUAAUGGUUAGUUGCUGUAGCGGCUGGCGACAAUGACACACUCUCCCUGCCUGUCAGAGCCAGUCUCCAUCACUCUGCCUACAAGCACACAAUCAUCGCACGCACACAGACACACAUAGACACACACACACACACACACAUAUGGGAAUGUCAGAUAGUCAAGGAAGACAGUGAAAAGAGAGAUAGAUACAGAGAAACAGACUGAGCUGUUCAAGGACAGCACUAUCAACCUAAUUCAAUGGAACCUACCAAACUCAGCUGAAAUGCAAGUGUGGCCUACUUGAAGCCUUCUCUCUGAACGAUCACAUAACAAUACCAAUGUUUUUAGCCAAGGCACAGUCCUAUGCCACAACCAACUGAAUCAGGAAUAUUCUUCUCUAUUUGUGAAACAGUGGUUGCUCAUGGUUCUUGUGGUUCUGUUGUUCCAGAGUCAUUGGAACCUUCAAGAUGGUUCUACAGAAGGUGGCGGAGGAGGGGCAGCUGGAGGUGACAGACACACUCAUCGAUGACAACAACACCGCCAUCAGGGUAAGUCCCAACACUGGUCCCUGAUCAGUUUAGAUAUCUUGAGCCAUAAGAAUGAGAGUCCUUCAUACUGAUCUAUGGACAGCAUACUGUAUAUACCGAACUCAGCCAAAUAGACAAGUAUUUUAUUGACCUCAGGUGAGUAUUGAUACAACAGCCUGUCUCGGAGCUCUACGGACAAUUCCUUCAACCUCAUGGUUUGCACAGUGCAUUCGGAAAGUAUUCAGACCCCUUCCCUUUUUCCACAUUUUGUUACUUUACAGCCUAAUUCUAAAAUGGAUUAAAUUAUAUUUAUUCCUCAUCAAUCUACACACAAUAACCCAUAAUGGCAAAGCGAAAACAGGUUUUUAGAAAUGUUUGCAAAUAAAAAACAGAAAUACCUUAUUUAAGUAUUCAGACCCUUUGCUAUGAGACUCGAAAUUGAGCUCAGGUGCAUCCUGUUUCCAUUGAUCAUCCUUGAGAUGUUUCUACAACUUGAUUGGAGUCCACCUGUGGUAAAUUCAAUUGAUUGGACAUGAUUUUGAAAGGCACACACCUGUCUAUAUAAGGUCCCACAGUUGACUGUGCAUGUCAGAGCAAAAACCAAGCCAUGAGGUCGAAGGAAUUGUCCGUCGAGCUCCGAUUGUGUCAAGGCACAGAUCUGGGGAAGGGUGCCAAAAAAUGUCUGCAGCAUUGAAGGUCCCCAAGAACACAGUGGCCUCCAUUAUUCUUAAAUGGAAGAAGUUUGGAACCACCAAGACCUGUUUAAAAACCUGUUUUUGCUUUGUCAUUAUGAGGUAUUGUGUGUAGAUUGAGGUGGGGAAAAAACAAAUGUAAUACAUUUUAGAAUAAGGCUGUAACGUAACAAAAUGUGGAAAAAGUCAAGAUGUCUGAAUACUUUCCGAAUGCACUGUAUUCAGAAAGAAACUAUUUGAGAAAAUGAAAAAGAGGAAGUGUGAGAUAGUGGGAGCAAGGGAUGGAGAAACAGAGAGAGACUGUGUGAGAGCUCAUCCCAGCACCAAUAAACUCUGUAGCAGGAUAGCUAACACUGAUGUUGGGACCUUGACAAACUUAACAGGGAGUGAGUGAUGACCAUGAAAACAUGCAAGACUGAUGGCUAUAGCUAUGUUCAACAAGUAUAUUAUUCUUCUGGCUUUAUCUAGCUCUAUUUGUGAUAUUUUACCUCUCCUAGCUGGCUAGCUCUGAUAGCAUAGCGAUGUUGUAGAUGAUAACCAUCUGAUUACGUGUUUGUUUACUUGCACGAGUGGCAUUUGAAGUUGCAUGUGGUCGUAUCCACUGCUAGUAAACAGAGCUGGUUUCUGCAACUUUUCAUGACGCAGCCUGGAAAUGGCUCUAUAGAGAUGAUAUCUCACACAAGUCAGAAUGGCCUGGGGCAUACUCACACACACACGCACACACACACACACACACAGCUCUCAGCCCCUCUGCACCCCUCUCUGUCUCUGAUGAGGGAGGGUAGAUGAACACAGCCGGCCCAGAGUCUCACCUGAGUUCUAACUGAACAGAAGUGUUUUUAUUUACUGUGCCCCGCUGAAAGAUGCGGGGUUACCAUGGUAACGCCUCUAACUUCACUGGCUCUGCAGUGAUACUCCCGGGGAGUCACAGGGCAGAGAUAGAGAGCGAGAGAGAGCGAGAGAAAGAGAGGAGAAAGAGGGAGAGACAGAAAGGGAGAGAGAGAGAAAUAGAGAGAGAGAAAGAGUGUAACAAAUUGCUUGGGUUGUAAUAAAUUGACUGUCCAGGGAGGUGUAAAAGUCCCCUAAAGACAGGAAAGAAAAACUGCUCUGUCUCUACUUCUUCCUGUUCAGAUCAAUCUAAGCACUUACUGUCAAACCAAAUUGAUCUUUGUGCCACAAGUGACCACAACUGUCUCUGUCAACCAAUAUUGAGCUUUACAGAAAUAGUUUUACAGAAAUUGUAGGCAGUUGCUGUCUCACAAAUGUACAGUUGUCACACUUUGUCUUCCCAUAUUCACUUGACAAGAAAGCCGGAAGGCAAAUUUAGUUUAAUGUCAACCAAGAAUGGAUUCGUUGUUCCAGUUUAGUUAAAGAUGUCAUUAUGAACAUUAUGAGUCUCUCUUACUACAGAUGUCAAAUGUCCUAUGGGGACUGUUUGGAGAUGUGUUACCCACCCUGUCAUGGAGCAAUGACUAGGGGAGAGUUGGGUUGAGUUACCCCUAGUGUUCACACCCCCACAGGAGUGAAAGAGAGAGAUUAGUGGAAGUGUCGAAGGAAGUGUUUCCCUCUCUCUCGCCCAUUGAUUUACACACCAGCAGAGAGGGUUACUAAUCCUGAGGCAUCCAUGUCACGUAGCAAAACAAGAAAAGAUUAGAGCAACGGAUCUUGGCUACCUCUUUCACUGCCACUUUUAUAUUACCAUUUAGUUUAAGCAAUAUGAAAUUGAUUAUGAAAGAUUUGUGAAGCAUCUAAACUCAGCAAAAAUAGAAACGUCCUCUCACUGUCAACUGCGUUUAUUUUCCGCAAACUUAACAUGUGUAAAUAUUUGUAUGAACAUAACAAGAUUCAACAACUGAGACAUAAACUUUAAGAAAUGGAACACUAGUCAUUUUAAUCAUGUUUACAGUCACUUUAAUAAUGUUUACAUAUCUCGCACUGCUCAUCUCAUAUGUAUAUACUGCAUUCUAUUCUAUAAUAUUCUACUGUAUCUUAGUCCAUGCUGCUCUGUCAUUGCUUGUCCAUAUAUGUAUAUUUUCUUAUAUUCCAUUCCUUACUAGUUUUGUGUGUAUUAGGUAUAUGUUGUGAAAUUGUUAGAUAUUACUUGUUAGAUAUUACUGCACUGUCGGAGCUAGAAGCACAAGCAUUUCGCUACACCCGCUAUAACAUCUGCUAAACACAUGUAUGUGACAAAUAACAUUUGAUUUGAUUUGAUUUGAACAAGUUCCACAUACAUGUGACUAACAGAAAUUGGAAUGUGUCCCUGAUCAAAGGGGGGGUCAAAAGUACGCAUCAGUCUCUGGUGUGGCAACAGACUGCAUGAAGUAGAUCGAUUUGGAGGGUGGAGGGUCCGUACAUGGGGGGUGGACGUGUCACAGCAUCAUAGGAAUGAGCGUGUUGUCAUUGCAGGCAAUCUCAACGCUGUGCGUUACAGGGAAGACAUCCUCCUCCCUCAUCGUGGUUUACCUUCCUGCAGGCUCACCUGACAUGACCCUCCAGCAUGACAAUGCCACCAGGCCAUACUGCUCGUUUGUGCGUGAAAAAAACCAAAAGAAAGAUGCCCAAAAGAAAGAUGCCCAGGGUCCCUGCUCAUCUGCGUGAACGUGCCUUAGGCAUGCUGCAAGGAGGCAUGAGGACUGCAGAUGUAAAUUGCAGUCCUCAUGAAUGUGUUCUGCCAUGGCCAGCGAAGAGCCCGGAUCUCAAUCCCAUUGAGCACGUCUGGGACCUGUUGGAUUGGAGGGUGAGGGCUAGGGCCAUUACCCCCAGAAAUUGCAGGUGCCUUGGUGGAAGAGUGGGGUAACAUCUCACAGCAAGAACUGGCAAAUCUGGUGCAGUCCAUGAGGAGGAGAUGCACUGCAGUACUUAAUAAGUACUGCAGUGCAUCUCCUCCUCAUGGACUGCACCAGAUUUGCCAGUUCUUGCUGUGAGAUGUUACCCCACUCUUCCACCAAGGCACCUGCAAUUUCUGGGGGUAAUGGCCCUAGCCCUCACCCUCCAAUCCAACAGGUCCCAGACGUGCUCAAUGGGAUUGAGAUCCGGGCUCUUCGCUGGCCAUGGCAGAACACAUUCCUGUCUUGCAGGAAUUCACGCACAGAACGAGCAGUAUGGCUGGUGGCAUUGUCAUGCUGGAGGGUCAUGUCAGGAUGAGCCUGCAGGAAGGGUACCACAUGAGGGAGGAGGAUGUCUUCCCUGUAACGCACAGCGUUGAGAUUGCCUGCAAUGACAACAAGCUCAGUCCGAUGAUGCUGUGACACACCACCCCAGACCAUGACGGACCCUCCACCUCCAAAUCGAUCCCGCUCCAGAGUACAGGCCUAGGCGACAUUGUUGCCGUUGAUGUCUGGUGAGGACCUGCCUUACAACAGGCCUACAAACUCUCUCAGCCUAUUGCGGACAGUCUGAGCACUGAUGGAGGGAUUGUUGCCAUCCUGUACCUGGCCCGCAGGUGUGAUGUUCGGAUGUACCGAUCCUGUGCAGGUGUUGUUACACGUGGUCUGGCACUGCGAGGACGAUCAGCUGUCCGUCCUGUCUCCCUGUAGCGCUGUCUUAGGCGUCUCACAGUACGGACAUUGCAAUUUAUUGUCCUGGCCACAUCUGCAGUCCUCAUGCCUCCUUGCAGCAUGCCUAAGGCACGUUCACGCAGAUGAGCAGGGACCCUGGGCAUCUUUCUUUUGGUCUUUUUCAGAGUCAGUAGAAAGGCCUCUUUAGUGUCCUAAGUUUUCAUAACUGUGACCUCAAUUGCCUACCGUCUGUAAGCUGUUAGUGUCUUAACGACCGUUCCACAGGUGCAUGUUCAUUAAUUGUUUAUGGUUCAUUGAACAAGAAUGGGAAACAGUGUUUAAACCUUUUACAAUGAAGAUCUGUGAAGUUAUUUGGAUUUUUACUAAUUAUCUUUGAAAGACAGGGUCCUGAAAAAGGGAAGUUUCUUUUUUUGCUGAGUUUAUGUAUGGCAUAUGAAGAUCUUAUGAAUACUCAAUGAAGCCUUUAGUAGUUGUUGUUCAUUUCCUGUGUGAUCAUAGUGUGUUUCUAAUUUGUUUUGCCUAAUUCAUUUGUUGACUCUUCCAUUCCAGACCAGCGUUACCAUAGACAUCAAGUACACGACCAUGGAUGGGACUGUGGGGGUUUGGAGUGACGGAGAAUUCCUGGACAUUCCGGGUGACCCAGAGGGAACGUUCCAGUUUGAGACGGACAGUCUGCUCUCCGGACACAGCCAGGGGUCAGGAGUGUCACCGGGGCGAUCCAUCCAUGGAAUUCCCACUUUUAGGAAGUGAGUCGACAACUCCAUUAGUAUAGCUGAAACAUCAUCAGCAUCAUUAUAAACUUGCAUGUAUCAACACCAUCGUUAAAACGAUAUCAUUAACAACAACAAUAUCAAAGCAAAGACAUCAUUAUUGUCAGCAUAGUCAUUAAAUAGACCUUUACGCUCAAGAUACACCAACACCACAUAUAACAAUCUUCAUCAUCAUAACCAUCAUCAUCGUCAUUAAUAACAACAAAAGUAAAGACAUCAUCAUCAUCAUCAUCAUCAUCAUCAUCAUCAUCUACUAUACACACCAUGCAUUUGAACAGACCUUUCUACUCCUGUAGCUGGCACCAUAGUCUACCAGCCUGUAUGGAGUGAAUGUGUUACAGCAGUAUAUUCCAGCCUCCAGGCAGUGCUUUCUGCUGAUGACUAUUAGGCUGUGUCUAGACUCGACAGUUCGACAGUUCCAUAGUUCCACUGUUCAUGCAGCUUUAGUGCUCUGAUCAUAGCGUUUUGAUCAUGGAAUUCAGAACAUGUCAUGCGUCUACACCUACAUGUAAAUGUGUCUACCAUGUCCACAGUGUGUCCGGAUUCCCUUUUCCCGUGUUAUAUUCAAAUGCCAGUACGCAUUCUACAAACGGUGGAAUAGGCAAAAUAUGAUAAUAACACAACAACAACUGAUGGCAGUUGCUAACUACUGUAGCUAAGUAGACAGGUAACCUCUGUAGCUAGCCAGCAAGAUAGCAAGCAACGCUAAAAGCAUUGCAAACGGGUUAGCAUAACUCUAGCCAAACCAAAAAAAGAUAUAAAUAUUAGCUAGCCAGCAAACACGUUCCUCACACGCUAGGAACGUAUUUCCUCCAACGUUAGCCUUCUCUCUCUGUGUGGUGUUGUAUUUUCUGCUGAAUAAUGUGUGGGCUAAUAAUGCGUAGGUGGUAUUGAUUUCACUUUGACCAGUCUGCCUGGCUAGGCUAGGACCCUUAAUCAAUCGUCAUAACACAUGUUUUUGUGUGUGUGUGUGUGUGUGUGUGUGCGUGUGCGUGUGUGCAUCAGCGCAUGUGUGUGUGUGUGUGUGGCCAUACAUCAGCCACUUAUUUGGAUGUAUUAACAUGAGUCUUUCACCAUGAUAACCUCCAUUCCCCUGAAAAGACUGGUUACGAUGGGAGUCAACUGGGCAUUACAAUGAAAUGGGGCUCUGGUCAUGAAUCCUCAUCAAAAUCUAUUGAACUGACAAAUACUCUUAUAAUCUCCUAGAGUUUAGAUGUACUGAUUUAGUGGGUUCUAUCUACCGAAAAUUGUUUUUAUAGUGUGUCCCCAUAGUUAUGAUAACUGUACGUACUGUAUGUGUCCUGUAAGGAGGACACAGACUAAGGAGGAACUGUAUUAUUACACACACACACACACAUGCACACACACACACACACACACACCGUAUCCAUUACACACUUGCAGUCUAGACACACAGCCAUAGACUCAGUAUCCACUGUGCUCUACAGUACCUGUCCACAGGUACAGUAUACACACACUUGUCCUUGAUGCUAGACGAGGGCACCUGACCUGUCAUCCCCUAAUCACUGUGGUAACAAAGAGCAAGACCUGUCAGUCGUACAGUACAGUAGCUCAGAGGAGAGGCUCUGUCGCAGCCGGCCGCGACCGGGAGACUCAUGGGCGGCGCACAAUUGGCCCAGCGUCGUCCAGGGUAGGGGAGGGAAUGGCCGGCAGGGAUGUAGCUCAGUUGAUAGAGCAUGGCGUUUGCAACGCCAGGGUUGUGGGUUCAAUUCCCACGGGGGGCCAGAAUAAAAAUAUAUAUGUAUUCACUAACUGUAAGUCGCUCUGGAUAAGAGCGUCUGCUAAAUGACUAAAAUGUAAAAUGUAAAUGUAAUGAGAGCUGAGGUUUUGUGUGACAGAGAACCACAGUGAGCCCAUACACACAGAAUACUAAUGGAAACACAGGGGCGGAAAGGGGACACCACAGUACUGGGGGCACAAUGAUGACCUCAUGGAAGCACUUUGAUGAUGUCAACGGGCAUUGAUGCCAUUGUAUUAACCUGUCUGAGUUGGUGCUCCUUGGAGGGAGGACUGUUCUCCAUGAUCCCGUCCGGAAGGCAGUACCGGUGCACCAAGGCUCAGACAAACAGACUCCUAAACAGCUUCUAUCCCCUGGCUAUAAGACUGUUAAAUGGCUAAUAACUACUUUUCCCCCUCACACCUACACUGCCGGUUAAAAUUAUUAUUGAUUAGAUUUAUUACUACCACUAUGCUGCUGUUCAUUGAUGAUUGAUUGCAAUUACUAUUAGUAUAUUACCAUAAGUAUUUAUAUAUUCCUGCUACCAGUCACUCUUCAGCCCUGUUUACAUGUACAUCCGCCUACACUGACACUCUUGCACACUCACACACUAACACACUCACACUAACACCCACACACUAACACCCACACACUCACCACCACGCUAUUUACUAUUUACUAUUAUUAGUAUUAUUAUUUAUCCUGCUACCAGUCACUUUCUCCUAAUCCCUGCCUACAUGUACAUAUCUUCCUCAAUACUCCAGUAUCCCUGCACAUUGUACAUUUGGUACUGGCACUGACCCUAUAUAUAGCUUCUUCUCUUAUUUCUUAUUUCUCCUGUAUUUUUUUGUUACGGAUAUAUUUUUUUACUUUGUUGAUAUUGAAUACUGUCCUGUUGGGUUUGUGCAUGUGACAACUCAAACUUGAACUUGAACUUAUGAUCUGACAUUAUGUGUGAUGACAUUUCACCAUAAUGAAACAGUAAGUAAUUCCAUACCGGCCAUACAUAUAAAUCAAUGUCACAACAGAAGGGGCUUUCUAUUUAAUGUAUAAUAAUUAGGAUCAUAUUAUGAUUAUGCUGGGGGCUAAAUGACGACGGUGAGAGGUAGUGGAAUCUGGUCUGUGUGAUAUUCAUUAAGAUGGUUUUAUUGCCUACCCUAGAUCAGGGAUGUAGAGAAGCACAAGGCUAAGUGCCAUAAUCCUAAAACAUUAUUGAGCAGCCAGAGUUAAUGAGAGUUUGAGUACAGGCACAUAUCAAACAGAAGACCAAGACUGGGUAGUUCAGCCUCCUGCCAUCCUAUGGUGCAACUUAGAUGACACUGUCUGUGAUGCUUGCAUCCCAGCAGUGGUACAGUUUCCUCAUUCUGCUCUUCUGAAAGAUCAGCUGUUCCGGAUGACUGUGUGAUCACGCUCUCCGUAGCCGACGUGCGUAAGACCUUUAAACAGGUCGACAUUCAGGACGUGUACGGAUUACCAGGAUGUGUACUCCGAGCAUGCGCUGACCAACUGGCAAGUGUCUUCACUGACAUUUUCAACCUCUACCUGUCUGAGUCUGUAAUACCAACAUGUUUCAAGCAGACCACCAUAGUCCCUGUGCCCAAGAACACUAAGGUAACCUGCCUAAAUGACUACCGACCCGUAGCACUCACGUCUGUAGCCAUGAAGUGCUUUGAAAGGCUGGUCAUUGCUCACAUCAACACCAUUAUCCCAGAAACCCUAGACCCACUCCAAUUUGCAUAUCGCCCCAACAGAUCCACAGAUGAUGCAAUCUCUAUUGCGCUUCACACUGCCCUUUCACACCUGGACAAAAGGAACACCUAUGUGAGAAUGCUAUUCAUUGACUACAGCUCAGCGUGCAACACCAUAGUGCCCUCAAAGCUCAUCACUAAGCUAAGGACCCUGGGACUAAACAUCUCCCUCUGCAACUGGAUCCUGGACUUCCUGACGGGCACCUCCCAAGUGGUAAGGGUAGGUAACAACACAUCCACCACGUUGAUCCUCAACACGGGGGCCCCUCAGGGGUGCAUGCUCAGUCCCCUCCUGUACUCCCUAUUCACUCAUGACUGCAUGGCCAGGCACGACUCCAACACCAUCAUUAAGUUUGCCGAUGACACAACAGUGGUAGGCCUGAUCACCGACGAGACAGCCUAUAGGGAGGAGGUCAGAGACCUGGCCGUGUGGUGCCCGGACAACAACCUCUACCUUAACGUGAUCAAGAUGUCCACAUCACCAACAAACUAACAUGGUCCAAGCACACCAAGACAGUCGUGGAGAAGGCAUGACAAAACCUAUUCCCCCUAAGGAAUCUGAAAAGAUUUGGCAUGGGUCCUCAUAUCCUCAAAAGGUUAUACAGCUGCACCAUCGAGAGCAUCCUGACUGGUUGCAUCACUGCCUGGUAUGGCAACUGCUCGGCCUCUGACCGCAAGGCACUACAGAGGGUAGUGCGUACGGCCCAGUACAUCACUAGGGCCAAGCUUCCUGCCAUCCAGGACCUCCAUACCAGGCGGUGUCAGAGGAAGGCCCUAAAAAUUGUCAAAGACUCAAGCCACCCUAGUCAUAGACUGUUCUCUCUGCUACCGCACGGCAAGCAGUACCAGAGCGCCAAGUCUAGGUCCAAGAGGCUUCUAAACAGCUUCUACCCCCAAGCCAUAAGACUCCUGAACAUCUACUCAAAUGGAUACCCAGACUAUUUGCAUUGACCCCCGCCCCUCUUUUACGCUGCUGCUACUCUCUGUUUAUUAUCUAUGCAUAGUCACUUUAAUAACUCUACCUACAUGUACAUAUUACCCCAAUUACCUCGACUAACCGGUGGCCCCCCGCACAUUGACUCGGUACCGGUACCCCCUGUAUAUAGCCUCGCUAUUGUUAUUUUUUACUAAUGCUCUUUAAUUAUUUGUUACUUUAUGUAGUAUUAUUAUAUAUUGUAUUUUUGUGUGAUUUUUUUGGUAUUCUUUCUUAAAACUGCAUUGUUGGUUAAGGGCUUGUAAGUAAGCAUUUCACUGUACCUGUUGUAUUCAGAGCAUGUGACAAAUAAAAUGUGAUUUGAUUUGAUUUGAAUUGAUGAAGCCGUGUGUGCUGUGGUCUUCAGGUCUGAGCUGCCAUGAUAGAGUGAUAGAAGAGAAAGUGUUUUCUCUUUUCUCACUCACGCACAUGCACACACACACACUUAUACACACUUACACACUUACAGAUUUACACACACACACACACACAAACACGCACACACACAUACAUACACACACACAACCCAUGGGUGGCUGGUAGCUUAGUGGUUAAGAGUGUCGUGCCAGUAACCGAAAGGUCACUGGUUCUAAUCCCCGAGCCGACUAGGUGAAAAAUCUGUUGAUGUCCCCUUGAGCAAGGCACUUAACCCUAAUUGCUCCUGUAAGUCACUCUGGAUAAGAGCGUCUGCUAAAUGACUAAAAUGUAAAACCCCAUCUCACCAGUUAUAGGCUUUCUCUGGGAGUCCAGAAUGAAUUAUUGCGGAUCUCUUAAUGAAUUUUAUAUCAUCUCCGCCCAGCCAUAGCCAGCUUGCUUUGCAGGGGUUUUGCUAUUCAUAUAAAUCACCUCCCACGUGUCUUGUUAUACUGCCAAUAAAGCACAUCCACUAAAUAUGGAACACACACCCAGUUAGCUAUGAUGAAUGGGUUGGCAUUGGGAACAACCUACGUUGGAAGACCUACCGUAUAAUGACAUGUCCAGAAAAUUCCCCUUGGAUUUACCUGAGGGAAACGUUAGUCUUUGUAUCCCCUUUUGACAUUCACCACAACACCUGGGUCUUUAGUGUGAGAGACAAAGGCAUUAUCCCUUUAGAUGCCACAGUCAUGAAUUCAUCAACACAAGCACACUGACACAUAUACAGUACUUAAAUUCUCUUUAUUUGUUUGCGCUAUUGAAAUAUGCAUACUCCUCAUUUAUAAAGCGGAGGAAACCAAAGCGGGGAUUGAUGAGAAGGUUUAUUUGAUUAGGCUUUUGUUUACUUCUUUCAUUCAUUUGGUUUUGUUUUGUGUUGGGAUGCAACCAAGCUCAUUCUGUACCAAUGUGAGGCCAUCCUGCUUUCAGGACCUCCUUUGAUCCCACCCAGAAUGCAACAGGUUGGCGGCGCAUCAAACAACAUUGGGAUGGUGUUGUGUUGUGAGGUCUUUUAUCUCUAUAGUUUGUACGUUGAUAAGUGUACUGCAGCACCAAAUGACAGUUGUAGAAAGUGAAAUCAAAUCAAAUUGUAUUUUUCACAUGCGGCGAAUACAACGGGUGUAGACUUUAUUGUGAAAUGCUUACUUACGAGCCCUUCCCAACGAUGUAGAGUUAAAAAAUAAUAAUACAAAGAAAAAUAGUAACACAAGAAGAAUAAAAUACAUAUAUAUAUAUACAGGGAGUAUGCAGAGGUAUGAGGUAUUUGAGGUAGAUAUGUACAUGAAGGCAGGGUAAAGUGAUAGAUAAGAGUAAGAAUAAAGAAUACUGUAGCUGUAGCUGUAGAAUAUGAUGAGUGUGAAAGUGUGUUUGUAUGUGUAUGUGUGUGUGUAUGUUGUGUCAGUAUGCGUGUGUUAUGUGUGUGUGUGUAUAUGUAGUGUAUGUGAAUGUGUGUGGGUUUUGUGUCAGAGUGUCAGUGUAGAGUGUGUAUAUACAGUCGGCAAAAAAGUAUUUGAUCCCCUGCUGAUUUUGUUCGUUUGCCCACUGACAAAGACAUGAUCAGUCUAUAAUUUUAAUGGUAGGUUUAUUUGAACAGUGAGAGACAGAAUAACAACAACAAAAUCCAGAAAAACGCAUGUCAAAAAUGUUAUAAAUUUAUUUGCAUUUUAAUGAGGGAAAUAAGUAUUUGACCCCUCUGCAAAACAUGACUUAGUACUUGGUGGCAAAACCCUUGUUGGCAAUCACAGAGGUCAGACGUUUCUUGUAGUUGGCCACCAGGUUUGCACACAUCUCAGGCCACCAGGUUUGCACCACAACACUUUCACACAGUUCUCCUCUGAAUCAUUCAGAUGUUCAUUGGCAAACUUCAGACGGCCCUGUAUAUGUGGUUUCUUGAGCAGGGGGACCUUGCGGGCACUGCAGGAUUUCAGUCCUUCACGGCAUAGUGUGUUACCAAUUGUUUUCUUGGUGACUAUGGUCCCAGCUGCCUUGAGAUCAUUGACAAGAUCCUCCCAUGUAGUUCUGGGCUGAUUCCUCACCGUUCUCAUGAUCAUUGCAACUCCACGAGGUGAGAUCUUGCAUGGAGCCCCAGGUCGAGGGAGAUUGACAGUUAUUUUGUGUUUCUUCCAUUUGCGAAUAAUCGCACCAACUGUUGUCACCUUCUCACCAAGCUGCUUGGCGAUGGUCUUGUAGCCCAUUCCAGCCUUGUGUAGGUCUACAAUCUUGUCGCUGACAUCCUUGGAGAGCUCUUUGGUCUUGGCCAUGGUGGAGAGUUUGGAAUCUGAUUGAUUGAUUGCUUCUGUGGACAGGUGUCUUUUAUACAGGUAACAAACUGAGAUUAGGAGCACUGUGCUCCUAAUCUCAGCUCGUUACCUGUAUAAAAGACACCUGGGAGCCAGAAAUCUUUCUGAUUGAUAGGGGGUCAAAUACUUAUUUCCCUAAUUAAAAUGCAAAUCAAUUUAUAACAUUUUUGACAUGCGUUUUUCUGGAUUUUGUUGUUGUUAUAUGUCUCUAACUGUUCAAAUAAACCUACCAUUAAAAUUAUAGACUGAUCAUUUCUAUGUCAGUGGGAAAACGUGCAAAAUCAGCAGGGGAUCAAAUACCUUUUUCCCUCACUGUAGUGUGUAUACAGUGGGGGAAAAAAGUAUUUAGUCAGCCACCAAUUGUGCAAGUUCUCCCACUUAAAAAGAUGAGAGAGGCCUGUAAUUUUCAUCAUAGGUACAUGUCAACUAUGACAGACAAAAUGAGGAAAAAAAAUCCAGAAAAUCACAUUGUAGGAUUUUUAAUGAAUUUACUUGCAAAUUAUGGUGGAAAAUAAGUAUUUGGUCAAUAAAAAAAAUUACUCAAUACUUUGUUAUAUACCCUUUGUUGGCAAUGACACAAGUCAAACGUUUUCUGUAAGUCUUCACAAGGUUUUCACACACUGUUGCUGGUAUUUUGGCCCAUUCCUCCAUGCAGAUCUCCUCUAGAGCAGUGAUGUUUUGGGGCUGUCGCUGGGCAACACGGACUUUCAACUCCCUCCAAAGAUUUUCUAUGGGGUUGAGAUCUGGAGACUGGCUAGGCCACUCCAGGACCUUGAAAUGCUUCUUACGAAGCAACUCCUUCGUUGCCCGGGCGGUGUGUUUGGGAUCAUUGUCAUGCUGAAAGACCCAGCCACGUUUCAUCUUCGAAGCCCUUGCUGAUGGAAGGAGGUUUUCACUCAAAACUUACGAUACAUGGCCCCAUUCAUUCUUUCCUUUACACAGAUCAGUCGUCCUGGUCCCUUUGCAGAAAAACAGCCCCAAAGCAUGAUGUUUCCACCCCCAUGCUUCACAGUAGGUAUGGUGUUCUUUGGAUGCAACUCAGCAUUCUUUGUCCUCCAAACAUGACAAGUUGAGUUUUUACCAAAAAGUUAUAUUUUGGUUUCAUCUGACCAUAUGACAUUCUCCCAAUCCUCUUCUGGAUCAUCCAAAUGCACUCUAGCAAACUUCAGACGGGCCUGGACAUGUACUGGCUUAAGCAGGGGGACACGUCUGGCACUGCAGUAUUUGAGUCCCUGGCGGCGUAGUGUGUUACUGAUGGUAGGCUUUGUUACUUUGGGGACAGCUCUCUGCAGGUCAUUCACUAGGUCCCCCCGUGUGGUUCUGGGAUUUUUGCUCACCGUUCUUGUGAUCAUUUUGACCCCACGGGGUGAGAUCUUGCGUGGAGCCCCAGAUCGAGGGAGAUUAUCAGUGGUCUUGUAUGUCUUCCAUUUCAUAAUAAUUACUCCCACAGUUGAUUUCUUCAAACCAAGCUGCUUACCUAUUGCAGAUUCAGUCUUCCCAGCCUGGUGCAGGUCUACAAUUUUGUUUCUGGUGUCCUUUGACAGCUCUUUGGUCUUGGCCAUAGUGGAGUUUGGAGUGUGACUGUUUGAGGUUGUGGACAGGUGUCUUUUAUACUGAUAACAAGUUCAAACAGGUGCCAUUAAUACAGGUAACGAGUGGAGGACAGGGGAGCCUCUUAAAGAAGAAGUUACAGGUCUGUGAGAGCCAGAAAUCUUGCUUGUUUGUAGGUGACCAAAUACUUAUUUUCCACCAUAAUUUGCAAAUAAAUUCAUUAAAAAUCCUACAAUGUGAUUUUCUGGAUUUUUUUUUCUCAAUCUGUCUGUCAUAGUUGACGUGUACCUAUGAUGAAAAUUACAGGCCUCUCUCAUCUUUUUAAGUGGGAGAACUUGCACAAUUGGUGGCUGACUAAAUACUUUUUUCCCCACUGUAUAUAGUCUUGUGAGUGUGCACAGAGUCAGUGCAAGAUACUGUAGGGUCAAUCCAGAUAGUUCGGGUAACCAUUGCAGUCUAAUUAACUAUUUAGCAGUCUAAUGGCUAUUUACCAGUCUUAUGGCUUGGGGGUAAAAGCUGUCUUAGAGCCUGUCGGUGCGAGAGCCGAUGCUCCGGUACCGUUUGCUGGACGGUAGCAGAGUGAACAGUCUAUGGCUUUGGUGGCUGAAGUGUUUGGCUUUCCUCUGACACCGCCUGAUAGAGGCAGGCAGGGAGCUCAGCACCAGUGAUCUACUGGGCUGUCCGCACCACCCUCUCCAGCGCUUUGCACUGAUGCAGCCAGUCAAGAUGCUCUCGAUGGUGCUGCUGUAGAACUUUUUGAGGAUCCAAAGGCCCAUGCCAAAUCUGCUCAGCCUCUUGACUGUGUGGGUGUGUGUGGACCAUGUUAAGUCCUUAGUGAUGUGGACGCUAAGGAACUUGAAGCUCUCGACCUGCUCCACUACAGCCUUGUUGAUGUGGAUGGGGGCGUGCUUUCCCCUCUUUCUCCUGUAGUCCACGAUCAGCUCCUUGGUCUUACUUACAUUGAGGGAGAGGUUGUUGUGCUGGCACAACACUGCCAAGUCUCUUACCUCCUCCUUGUAGGCUGUCUCAACGCCGUCGGUGAUAAGGCCUACCUCUGUCGUGUUGUCAGCAAACUUGAUGAUGGUGUUGGAGUCGUGCGUGGCAAUGCAGUUGUGGGUGAACAGGGAGUACAGGAGGGGACAAAGCACGCACCCCUGAGGGGAACCCGUGUUUAGGGACAGCGUGGCGGAGGUGUUGUUGCCUACCCUCACCACCUGGGGCCAGCCCGUCAGGAAGUCCAGGAUCCAGGAUCCAGAGGGAGGUGUUCAGUCCCAGGGUCCUUAGCUUGAUGAUGAGCUUGGAGGGGACUAUGAUGUUGAACGCUGAGCUGUAGUCUAUGAACAGCAUUCUCAUAUAGAUAUUUCCCCUCUUGCCCAGGUGGGAGAGGGCAGUGUGAAGUGCAAUUGAGAUUGUGUCAUCUGUGGAUCUGUUGGGGCAGUAUGCUAAUUGGAGUGGGUCCAGGGUGUCUAGGAUGAUGGUGUUGAUGUGUGUCAUGACCAUCCUUUCAAAGCACUUCAUAAUUACAGAUGUGAGUGCUACAGGGAAUAGUCAUUUAGGCAGGUUACCUUGGAGUUCUUGGGAACAGGGACAAUGUUGGUUGGGAUUACAGACUGGGACAGGGAGAUAUUUAAAAUAUCGGUGAAGACACUUGCCAGGUCUGCGCAUGCUCUGAGAACGUGCCCUGGUAUUCCGUCUGGCCCGGUGACCUUGCGAGUGUUAACCUGUUUAAAAGUUUUACUCACAUCUGGCACGGAGAGCGAGUCACACAGUCAUCCGGAACAACAGGUGCUUUCAUGAAGGACUCUGUGUUGUUUUCCUCGAAGCAAGCAUAAAAAGCAUUUAGCUCGUUUGGGAGUUCUGCAUCACUGGGCAUCUCACGGCUGGGUUUCCCUUUGUAAUCCGUUAUCGUCUGCAAGCCCUGCCACAUCCGACAAACGUUGGAGCUGGUGUAAUAGGAAUCCACCUUCCUCCUAUAUUUCCUUUGCAUGUUUGAUGUCUCGUUGGAGGUCGUAGCGGGCUUUCUUGUAUGCGUCCAUGUCCCGUUCCUUGUUAGCGGUAGCUCUAGCCUUUAGCCCAGCACAGAUAUGUCAGUGUAGUGACUGUGGCAACGACAUCAUCUAUGCACUAAUUGAUGAAGCCCGUGAUUAAUGUGGUAAACUCCUCAAUGCUAUUGGAUGAAUCCUGGAACAUAUCCCAGUCUGUACAAGCAAAACAGUCUUGAAGCUUCAUGUCUGCUUCAUUGUACCACUUCCGUAUUGAGCAUGUCACUGGUACUUCCUGUUUGAGCUUAGUUUGUAAACGGGAAGCAGGAGGAUAGAGUCAUGGUCUGAUUUGCCAAAAAUAGGGCGAGGGAGGGCCUUGUAUGCGUUUCUGUGGGUAGAAUGAAAGUGGUCUAUGGUUUUAGCGCCCCUAGUGGAGCAGGAGACGUGUCAUAGAAGUGAGGUAGAAUGAUUUUAAGUCUCCCUGCGCUAAAGUCUCCUCCCACCAGAAACGCUGCCUCUGAGUGUGUGUUUUCUUCUUUGUUAUGGCCCCAUACAGUUCGUUGAGUGCCAAAGUGGCAUUGGUUUGUGGAGAGAUGUAGACAGCCAUGAUAAUUACAGAUGAGAACUCUCUUGGUAGAUAAAAAGGUCUGCAGCUCACCAUGAGGUGAGCAAAAGCUUGAGAUUUCCUUCACACUGGAAGCAGCACACCAGUUGUUGUUUAUGAAGAGGCACACCCCUCCCCUUUGGACGUGUUCAUAGAUUCAACCAGCCAAGUUUCUACAAGGCAUAUAAUAUUGCAGCUUUUCAAGUCUCUCGGAUAGGAGAUCUCAAACAAAGCUCAUCCAUCUUAUUCUUGAGUGACUGGAUAUUUGCCAAUAAAACAGAGGGGAGUGGUGGUUGAUUUUCUCUUCGUCUCAGUCUCACCAGGAUGUCAGCCCAUCUACCGCGUCUAUGUCUGCUGCAUUUUGGUAGCCCAUGAAACAAAGGAAUAGCGUCCGGUGUGAACGAGCGAACAGCUGAGUCGGAGUUGAAGUAGGUUUUAAAGUCGAAAUUGAGGUUAGCUGUCACGCCCUGGCUCUGGGGACUCUAGUAUGUUGGCCAGGGUGUGAGUUUUCAUUAGUUUUUCGUUCUAGUUUUGUAGUUCUAUGUUGGCCAGUGUGGUUCUCAAUCAGAGGCAACGUGUAUCAGCUGUUGCUUGUUGUCUCUGAUUGGGAACCAUACUUAAGCAGCCAGUUUUCCCACAGUGUUUGUGGGAUCUUGUUCCUGUGUAGGUUUGUGUUUUGCACCUUUGGACGUCAUGUUAUCGUUUGUUGUUUUUGUUCGUGUAAGCAUUAUUUAAUAAAUAUGUUCACCUUCCACGCUGCGCCUUGGUCCUCUGUACCCGACGAUCGUGACAGAAGAUCCCACCAACAUUGGACCAAGCAGCGUGUCCAGGAGCCAGCGCCAGAGGUAUCGCUAAAGGACAUCAACCUCGACUGGGCCUGGCCCACGGGGAGGAGAGACCCCUAGAACAUUUUUAGGGGGGGGCUCACGCCGUGGACGACGUGCAGCAGGAGGCCGCGAUAGAGCGGUCCAGCGGGUUUGCAGAGGAGGCCGCCAGGUUAAGGGGGCCACUGGUCACAGAGGAGAGGGAAAGUGUAGAGGCACGGCGAGAGGUACUGGGGUGUGUUACCAGUCCGGUCCGGCCCGUUCCUGAUCCCUGCGUAGGGCCAGUGGUGUGUGUCCCCAGUACGGUCCGGCCUGUUCCUGUUCCUCGCAUCGAGCCUGUGGUGCGCGUCGUCAGCCCGGCCCGGCCUGUUCCUGCUCCACGCACCAAGCCUAUGGUGCGCAUCGUCAGCCCGGUUCGGCCCGCUCCUGCUCCCCGCACCAAGUCAGUGGUGCGCUUCGUCAGCCCGGUCCAGCCCGCUCCUGCUCCCCGCACCAAGUCAGUGGUGCGCUUCGUCAGCCCGGUCCGGCCCACUCCUGCUCCCCGCACCAAGUCAGGGGUGCGUUUCGUCAGCCCGGCUCGGCCCGUUCCUGCUCCCCACACCAAGCCAGUGGUGUGCGUCGUCAGUCCGGCACAGCCCGUGCCUGUUCCACCGGUGCCUGGUUCGGCACGGGUCAGCUGCUUCACGCCGGAGCUAGAGCAAUCCGCUCCACCAGUGUGCAGUCCAGCUCCGGUCAGCAGGGCCAGACCGGACCAGGGGUACUUUGGGGGGUUAGAGAGGGAGUGGGGAUCAGGCCCGGAGCCGGAUCCGCCGCCAAGGCGGAGUGCCCACCCGGUCCCUCCCCUGUGGUGUUUGGUUGGCGCGGUCAGAGUCCGCGCCUUUGGGGGGGGGUACUGUCACACCCUGGCUCUGGGGACUCUAGUAUGUUGAGCCAGGGUGUGAGUUUUCAUUUGUUUUCGUUCUAGUUUAGUAUUUAUAUGUUGGCCAGUGUGGUUCUCAAUCAGAGGCAACGGGUAUCAGCUGUUGCUUGUUGUCUCUGAUUGGGAACCAUACUUAAGCAGCCAGUUUUCCCACAGUGUUUGUGGGAUCUUGUUCCUGUGUAGGUUUGUGUUUUGCACCUUUGGACGUCACGUAUCGAUUUGUUGUUUUUGUUCGUGUAAUCAUUAUUUAAUAAAUAUGUUCACCUUCCACGCUGCGCCUUGGUCCUCUGUAUCCGACGAUCGUGACAUUAGCAACUGUCAAUAUGAUGUCCAAAAGUGGUUGGCGGUCAUAUGUAAUAAGACUAGGAACUUUCUGUACAAAAACAGUACAGAUAAACACAAAAAAAGUCACAAAAUGGCAAAGUCAGGUUGGAACUCGUAAGAUGACGGCCUUCUCUGUCAGCGCCAUCUUUUGCCAUCUUUACUACAUUAAGUCUUUAAUGUAGAAGGUCUUUAUGGGGCCGUAUGAGCUCACAGCAGCGCUAACAAAUUACAAAAGUUUUUCAUGUAGAGGGUCUUUAUUCAAAUGAGGUCGAUGUGAACUUAGCACUGGUAGAAUGUUCUGGAGUCUUUGAUUCCUAAUGUAGCAAUGUGUUUUUUGUUUGAAGCUAUGGCUUGUUUGAAGUACUCAGAGAAGAGCUUAGUUGUAGAGGCAACUUUAGAUUCAUGUUAUUGCAGUGCUGAAAUUCAUGCACAUGCUGUGCAUUUUCUGUGUCCUGGUGCGAUGGCAAGCAUCUCCAACCAACUCUUCCUUGUUGUGUUUUACCAUUUUCCCUCGAGGUCUUCUUCAGUGUGUCUGAGUACAGUGUUUAAUUUUUUGCUCCACUACGUUGACUGACUGAGCGUGUUAAGUGACCCUCUCUGACUUCCUGUCUAAAGCCACGGUGUGAGAGGAGAUCACCAUGACGAUCCCAAGAACGGCCUCCUGGGGUAAAUCCUUAUAGCAACACCUGUGUGCCAUGCUUAAAUCUGUCGCCUAUUUCAUCUUGACUGAUAAUUCCCUUAUAAAUUCUAUAAUGAGAUACUUUAAAUGAAGUAUACCGGCCUUGUUGGAUUAUGAUACAAGGUUUAGAGAUGAUUAUGGGAAAACAAUGAGUCACCCUAAAGAGUUCAGACAUCAUUAAGGAUGUCAACAUAGAUGUUUUCUUUACAUUUUAGCAGACGCUCUUAUCCAGAGCAAUUAGGAUUAAGUGCCUUGCUCAAGGACACAUCGACAGAUUUUUCACCUAGUCAGCUCGGGGAUUAGAACCAGCAACCUUUCGGUUACUGGCACAACGCUCUUAACCACUAAGCUAACUGCCACCCAUAUUUCCACUAAAGAGCCUUUUCUGUGGGUUAGCUUUAAUUGGUUUAUCCAAGGCAUGUUACCCAGCCCUAGAGAAGGAGUUGUGUUUGAAACAACAAGCAGGAAACAGCCUGAAGCUUGAUGCAAUACCAGACUUAAAAAUGCAAGAGCACUAUUGGGGGCAGAGCAGAAUAAAACAUUUAAGAUGGAGGGGGAUUCAGAGAAAGCCUGGUGAAAGUUUGCCACUACUGCUAUUCAGCCUCUCCUCCCUCCUUCCUCAGUCAACUGCUGUAUUUUGCAAUCUCAUAGUUUCACUUCAGAAUUUGCCGUAAUUGGAUGAAUGUCGAUUUUUUACUCAUUAAUUCUGUGUGGUUACAGGGUUAAUUCUGCGUUGUUACAGGGUUAAAACAGAAAUAGCUAAAAUGGUUAAGUUUCGGUAAUAAUUCAGAGUGGUUAAGGUUAGGGCUAUGGUUUGGGGAAGGCUUCAAACAAAAUAAUUAAAAAACAAUGUGCUGUUUCCAUUAAGUGUCAUCACAUACUCUCCCUGCUUGCUAGAGAAUUGUGAACUGCAUUGGUGCAGUGGUCUAAGCAGCGUGCUCCGUCUCUGAGCCCAGUGCUGUGCCACUGUUUUUUUGUGAGCACCGAGGAAGGCUUAUAUCGAUGUCCUCAGGACCUUUUGAAACAUCUGAAGUCGACAGCUCUUUCUUGUGAUCAACCUGGUAUUUUCACUCUCUCGCCACAUCUCUCUUCCUCCUCCCACUCACGCAUGCACACACAAAUGGAAGGCUGUUUUUAAUCCAGUAUAGGGUGCAUACUCAAAGGAUUGUUCUCUUAUGUCAAAUAUUGAUAAAGCCUCUUACUGUGUGACACUAAUGAUGAAAUAAAUACCACACCAGCAGCCAGAAUACAACCUUAUUGCAAUUACAGUACACAGAGGAGGAGGAAAAAAAUCUAAGCAAUAGCUAAGAGGCCAUAUUCAAUACCCCCUGCAGCCAAUUCAGUCUUGUUUCAUGAAAACCAAUUCCUAACCAGCCAGAACGGCUAAGCUCUUGAGAUAGGUAGCUACUGGUAACUUUUAGCAACUGUGGUUAGUUGUUUCCAAUGUUAUUUCAUGCUUAAGAGUACCUGUGAUUGAGCCAGCUAGCUGCCACCAUUCAGCUGUUUUUCUAACCUCAUUAUCCGAGGCAUUAACGUUAGGUGGUUGGUAGCUGCUGUACUUAAUUACAGCUACUGAUAACAGUCUGCUGUAGUUUACAACAAUUCUAAUUUCUAAAGUGGAAGUUGGGAGAGUUUUAUUCGGGUGGUUCAGUGAAACAAUGAUAGUUUCUGAGGUGGAAGUUGGGAGAGUUAUAUAUAUAUAUUAUUUUUUUUGGUGAGGGAGGCCUGCUCUCUCCUUUCCCAGAUGUUUAGUUCAUUUCAUUCCGAUCUCCUCUGCAUUAUUGUAGCCAUCUGCUGCAGCCUGUCAACUAUGCCUCUGCCUAUCCCUGUUCUCUCCUCUCCGCACAGGCUACACAAACGCCUCACACCGCGUGGCUGCUGCCUCUCUAACCUGGUGGUCCCUGCACGCACCACACACCUGGAGUUCCAGGUCUCAGGCAGCCUCUGGAACUGCCGUUCUGCCGCCAACAAGGCUGACUUCAUCCCAGCCUAUGCUACCCUCCAGUCCCUCGACUUCCUGGCGCUGACGGAAACAUGGAUUACCACUGAAAACACUGCUACUCCUACUGCUCUCUCCUCGUCUGACCAUGUGUUCUCGCAUACCCCGAGAGCAUCUGGUCAGAGGGGUGGUGGCACAGGAAUCCUCAUCUCUCCCAAGUGGUCAUUCUCAAUUUUUCCCCUAACCCAUCUGUCUAUCUCCUCAUUUGAAUUCCACGCUGUCAUAGUCACUAGCCCAUUUAAGCUUAAUAUCCUUGUCAUCUAUCGCCCUCCAGGUUCCCUUGGAGAGUUCAUCAAUGAGCUUGACGCCUUGAUAAGUUCCUUUCCUGAGGAUGGCUCACCCUUCACAGUUUUGGGGGAUUUCAACCUCCCUACGUCUACAUUUGACUCAUUUCUCUCUGCCUCCUUCUUUCCACUCCUCUCCUCUUUUGACCUCACCCUCUCACCGUCCCCCCCUACUCACAAGGCAGGCAAUACGCUUGACUUCAUCUUUACUAGAUGUUGCUCUUCUACUAAUCUCACUGCAACUCCCCUCCAUGUCUCCGACCACUACUUUGUAUCCUUUUCUCUCUCGCUCUCCUCCAACACUACUCACUCUGCCCCUACACAGAUGGUAACGCGCCGCCGCAACCUUCGCUCUCUCUCUCCCACUACUCUCUCCUCUUCCAUCCUAUCAUCUCUUCCCUCUGCUCAAUCCUUCUCCCUCCAAUCUCCUGAUUCUGACUCCUCAACCCUCCUCUCCUCCCUUUCUGCAUCCUUUGACUCCCUGUGUCCCCUAUCCUCCCGGCCGGCUCGGUCCUCCCCUCCAGCUCCGUGGCUUGAUGACUCAUUGCGAGCUCACAGAACAGAGCUCCGGGCAGCGGAGCGGAAAUGGAAGAAAACUAAACUCCCUGCCGACCUGGCAUCUUUUCACUCCCUCCUCUCUACAUUUUCUUCAUCUGUUUCUGCUGCUAAGGCCACUUUCUACCACUCUAAAUUCCAAGCAUCUGCCUCUAACCCUAGGAAGCUCUUUGCCACAUUCUCCUCACUGCUGAAUCCUUGACCCCAUCCCCUCCUCUCUUCUCCAGACCAUCUCCGGUGACCUUCUCCCCUACCUCACCUCGCUGAUCAACUCAUCCUUGACCGCUGGCCAUGUCCCUUCCGUCUUCAAGAGAGCGAGAGUUGCACCCCUUCUCAAAAAACCAACACUCGAUCCCACUGAUGUCAACAACUACAGACCAGUAUCCCUUCUUUCUUUUCUUUCCAAAACUAUUGAGCGUGCCGUCUUUAGCCAACUCUCUUGCUAUCUCUCUCAGAAUGACCUUCUUGAUCCAAACCAGUCAGGUUUCAGGACUGGUCAUUCAACUGAGACUGCUCUUCUCUGUGUCACGGAGGCUCUCUGCACUGCUAAAGCUAACUCUCUCUCCUCUGCUCUUGUCCUUCUAGACCUGUCUGCUGCCUUUGAUACUGUGAACCAUCAGAUCCUCCUCUCCACCCUCUCCGAGCUGGGCAUCUCCGGCGCGGCUCACUCCUGGAUUGCGUCCUACCUGACCGGUCGCUCCUACCAAGUGGCGUGGCGAGAAGCUGUCUCCGCACCACGUGCUCUCACCACUGGUGUCCCCCAGGGCUCAGUUCUAGGCCCUCUCCUUUUCUCCCUAUACACCAAGUCACUUGGCUCUGUCAUAUCCUCACAUGGCCUCUCCUAUCAUUGCUACGCUGACGAUACACAACUAAUCUUCUCCUUUCCCCCUUCUGAUAACCAGGUGGCGAAUCGCAUCUCUGCAUGUCUGGCCGACAUAUCAGUAUGGAUGACGGAUCACCACCUCAAGCUGAACCCUGGCAAGACGGAGCUGCUCUUCCUCCCGGGGAAGGACUGCCCGUUCCAUGAUCUCGCCAUCACGGUUGACAACUCCGUUGUGUCCUCCUCCCAGAGUGCAAAGAGCCUUGGCGUGACCCUGGACAACACCCUGUCGUUCUCCGCUAACAUCAAGGCGGUGACCCGAUCCUGCAGGUUCAUGCUCUACAACAUUCGGAGAGUACGACCCUGCCUUACACAGGAAGCGGCACAGGUCCUAAUCCAGGCACUUGUCAUCUCCCGUCUGGAUUACUGCAACUCGCUGUUGGCUGGGCUCCCUGCCUGUGCCAUUAAACCCCUACAACUCAUCCAGAAUGCCGCAGCCCGUCUGGUGUUCAACCUUCCCAAGUUCUCUCACAUCACCCCCCUCCUCCGCACACUCCACUGGCUUCCAGUUGAAGCUUGCAUCCGUUACAAGACCAUGGUGCUUGCCUAUGGAGCAGUGAGGGGAACGGCACCUCCGUACCUUCAGGCUCUGAUCAGUCCCUACACCCAAACGAGGGCAUUGCGUUCAUCCACCUCUGGCCUGCUGGCUCCCCUUCCUCUGCGGAAGCAUAGUUCCCGCUCAGCCCAGUCAAAACUGUUCGCUGCUCUGGCACCCCAAUGGUGGAACAAGCUCCCUCACGACGCCAGGACAGCGGAGUCACUCACCACCUUCCGGAGACAUUUGAAACCCCACCUCUUUAAGGAAUACCUGGGAUAGGAUGAAGUAACCCCUGGUCCGGUCUGGCCCCGCUGGCCGGAGCUGGACUGCACACUGGUGGAGCGGAUUGCUCUAGCUCCGGCGUGAAGCAUCUGACCGGUGCCGGACCAGCCACCGGUGGAACAGGCACGGGCCGUGCCGGACUGACGACGCACACCACUGGCUUGGUGUGGGGAGCAGGAGCGGGCCGCGCCGGGCUGACGAAACGCACCACUGACUUGGUGCGGGGAGCAGGAGCGGGCCGGACCGGGCUGACGAAGCGCACCAUUGACUUGGUGCGGUGAGCAGGAACGGGCCGUGCCGGGCUGACGAAGCGCACCACUGACUUGGUGCGGGGAGCAGGAACGGGCCGCGCCGGGCUGACGAAACGCACCACUGACUUGGUGCGGGGAGCAGGAGCGGGCCGGACCGGGCUGACGAAGCGCACCACUGACUUGGUGCGGGGAGCAGGAACGGGCCGUGCCGGGCUGACGAAGCGCACCACUGACUUGGUGCGAGUGGCAGGAACAGGCCGGACCGUACUGGGAACACACACCACUGGCCCUACGUGGGGAUCAGGAACAGGCCGGACCGGACUGGCAACACACGCCAGUACCUCUAGCUGUGCCUCUACAUCCUCCUUCCCCCUGGUGACCAGUGACUCCCGUAACCUGGCGGCCUCCUGCUGCCCCGUCGUCCACGGCGUUAGCCCCCCCCCUAAAAAAAUUAUGGGCUUCACUCCUACCCGUGGCCAAGGCCUCCAUCCCUCUUGCCAGACUCGCACUCAUCUCCUCCCAAGUCCAUCCUCUCUCCUCGUCACGCUGCUUGAUCCAGUCGAGGUGGGAUCUUCUGUCACGAUCGUCUACCAAAGAUGAGGACCAAGGCGCAGCGUUGCAGGCAAACAUACUCUUUAAUUAGAGACACGAUCAAAAACAACAAACGAUACGUGACAGUUCACGGUCUAACAUAAACAGACUUGAAACAAGAUCCCACAAACACAAAUGGGAAACAGACAGUUUAAAUAUGGCUCCCAAUCAGAGACAACCAACGACAGCUGACACUUGUUGCCUCUGAUUGGGAGCCACUCAGGCCAACAUAGAAAUACACAUACUAGAUAAACAAAAUGAAAUGCACACCCUGGCUCAACAUACAAGUGUCCCCAGAGCCAGGGCGUGACAAAAUGUAAAUGUAAUAUUGACGGUCAUAUUUCAAAAGGUUACAUUUUUAUAGAAGUCGGAUUGCAACGCUUGUGUCAUAAUUGUAAUUUAAAUAGAGAUUUAGAAAACCAUUGCGGUUUUCCUCCUGUAGCUCAGUUGGUAGAGCAUGGCGCUUGCAACGGCAGGAUUGUGGGUUCGAUACCCACGGGGGGCCAGUGUAUGCACUCACUAACUGUAAGUCGCUCUGGAUAACAGCGCCUGCUAAAUGACUAAAAUGUUAAUAUUAAUAAUAGAGAAAACUUCCUGAGACAGCAGUGGAACAGUCGAUACGUUUUUAGACCGCCACGGUCCGCUCCGGAACACUGAACCACUGCUCUGGUUCUCAGGUUCACAUGAUCAUUGUCUGACCAUCUGACCACGAGACACUCUUGAGAGAACACUGUGUGCGUGUGUGUGUGUGCAUGCGAGCGUGUGUGCGUGUGUGGGUGUGUGUGUGAGAGAGACUCUAUUCAGCAGAGCCCCCAGAGCAGAACAGAGCUUUGUGGUGAAACUUUAUUAUUAUUAUAUUAUAUUAUAUAUAUAUUAUUAUAUUACCUGUUUUUUCUGUUACACUGACCAUUCUCCCCUGCCUCUCUCCCUCUCUCUCUUUUUAUCUAUUUUCCACUCUCCCCUCCUUCCUCCCCCUCUCUCUCCCCCUCUCUCUCUCUCUCUCUCUCUCCUCUCUCUCUCUCUCUCUCCUCUCUCUCUCUCUCUCUCUCUCUCUCUCUCUCUCUCUCUCUCUCUCUCUCUCUCUCUCGCUCUUACUAUCCCUCUCUUCCUAUCCCUCUCUUGUAACUCUGACUCUCAUUCGAUGUUGUAUUGAUAAACUAAGAUAAAUUAUUCAUUUAUUUUCUUUCUGGUCCAGAGGGUUUGAACCCAAGACCAUACAUGGUGAUGGAUACCAGGCUAUAGCUGCCAGGUACAUCAUAAAGACUGUUGGCAAUUGUCCUGGUUUACUGAUGUAUUCUCUACUCAUCUAUCUUUACACAUAACUUGAUUUGUAGUGACUUGAUUUAUUAAUACUUGUAUGUAUUAUUUAUGAACACACGUAUGUGUGAAGUACAUCAGGUUGUGUACUGUGCAGUAUGUUAAGCAUGCUGUGUGUUUCUCCUGCAGUGAGAAGCUGAAUCCUAUCAGGUACUGGUUUAAUGCUGAAGUGGCAUACAUAUUACACACACACACGCAUGUGUGCGCACACAUGCACACACACUAGCAUACGCACGCACGCACGCACGCACACACACACACACACACACACACACACACACGGCAAAAAUUAUUCAAACACAUACUAUACACGUCUCUCAUGGGACAUACUGUAGAACACUACAAUAUACUGUACAUUUACUUGAGAAAUAACCACUGAGCACAGACCAACGCCAACGUCUUUUGGACAUCCUUUUUUGUAGAUUUUUGGGCUGACCCUACCAAAUCAGAACCAAUCAUACAUUUAGACAGUACAGUACAGCACAGAAGAAUACAAUAGAGUAGAGUAGAGUAGAGUAGAGCACAGUAUAAUGUACUGUGUUGUACCCUACUGUACUCAACUGUACUGUACUCUGCUGAAUUAAACUCUACUGUACUGUGCUGUGCUGUGCUGUGCUGUCCAAACUUGUGAAACGUAGAUGUCUUUUCAACAUCCGGAAAAUAAGUCUUCUAGACGUAUUUUCCAAGUCAAUAGCUUACUGGGUACAUUGUUUCAAUGGGGAUGGUUGUCAGAUUGACAAGCAAUCACAAUAUCAAUGUGACAACCAUCCCAUGAGUCAUGAUACACAUACAGGAGCACUCUUAUUCAUUAUUUACUGAAUACAAAAUAUCCCUUGUAAUUAGACCAAAUCACUCUAUAGAUAAUAUUGAUCAGUAUUAAUCGACAUGGUCGGUAGCAGGGGGUUGGUUACAUCAAGAUUGAUCAGUCAUUAAUCAGUAUUGAAAAUGUAUGCACUCACUAACUGUAAGUCGCUCUGGAUAAGAGCGUCUGCUAAAUGACUAAAAUGUCAAAUUAAUGUUGGUCUGAUGAGUUACUCUACAACCUGAUUCAAGCAUACAGUUUGUGUGGUUUUGAUUGGUUCGAUGUGAUUUGAUUAGUUUGGUUUGCAGUGUUUUGAAUUACAGAUUCACUCUUUGUUGUUGAUUACUUGGUUUUUCUUCCAUUUCAGUUGAAAUAAAAAGAAGAACAAAAAGACUAGGUACUUUGUAACAUUGUUCUGAUUACACAGAGCUUGUAUUACUGCUCAUAAAGACUUCAUAGUACUCCCUCAUAUAUACUUUAUAAAAACAUCGUUACCUAUCUCAUUUUAGGGAUAAUGUAACUUUUGUUCAUUGAGUUGGAAUUCCAUCACCUCGAGAGAGAAAGAAAACAGUGCAGAAAUUGUCCCUCCAGCAGCAUAUUUGUUCAGAUUUACCCUUUCUGAAGUUCAGUCAGUUUUUAAUUUCCAUCUCGCAUCACUCCAUCUCUCUGCUCUGCCUACUCACUAACCUUUCAUACAGUCUCACACAGCCCUGUCUAUACUCUCUUUAUUAAACUAGAGUCACCGGGUCACUGAUUAAACAACAACAGCAAAAAGGCAAAGCCUCUCAAUCAGUUCUCUUUCUUUCGCUCUGACACGGCUUCUCUCUGAAGAUAGUGAUGCUUGUUAACCACUCUUUUUUCCCCAAUCUGCAUUCACUAUGUGCUUGGCACAGCAAAGGAAAAGAGAAGACUGGAAAAGGAAGAAAGGAGAAGUAGGUAUCACUCUGUCGGCUCUGUGUUUCUUUUGUAGUGUUGGUAACUUUAUUAGAGUGUCUCUUUGGUCUCUUUGUUAUAGAGGCGUUGAUGUGUAUUAAGCCCAUUUUUCUGUGGGUUUUCAUCCCUGGUGACAGCUCACUCUGUGGUGGAGCUUUCUGAGUCUGUCUGCUCCAGUUCCAUCUCCUCCAAUUUGUUCCUGCUGACUGCAAUAAGACGCUGUGAUCCUCUACAGUUCUCUGACAGACAGAUUCCAAACUUUCCUCUUUAAUCUUCCCAGUUCAUUCAACAGUAGCGUUCUGCUCUGACAGAGUGAGAGGCCAAAUACUUCUACCACCACCACAGUGUGUGUGUUUGUGUGUGUGUGUGUGUGUGUGUGUGUGUGUGCGUGCGUGUGUCAGGGGUUGGAAACAAAAUUAUUUUCCAAUAGUUUUGUUCUGUUCAACUGUUUUGACCAGCAAAAUAAAGUUAUGAACUGGUUCAAACAUUUUUAAACCUCUGAAAUGGGCUAGUAGUUGACAUGCAUUGGACAGACAAGUGUAGGCGCGAGAUGCAACUGAAAUUUUGCGGGUGAGGAGAGAACUAGAGAGGGUGGAGGAGGAGGCUUGACUUGAAGCGCUGGCCAUCUUUUUAUGACAUGCAUUAACUGAAUUAGUCCCACAGAAUUAUACCUACGGAGGAGCGGCUUCUAUGAAGGAACUUUGAAUGUCUUUGAACUUCUGAGAGUUGGCUUAACAUUGGACCAUGCUAACAAGCUUGUGUGUGCGCAGAGUGGCACCAGAAUUAAAAUAAAAACAUGUCUUACCUUUUUGUAAUUAAUAAAUCAAAUGUGAAACAUGAUAACUAUAUUAUCCUUAACUAGCAUUGAAAAAGUGAAUCCAUUCUUCUCUAGUUAAAAAUAUCUCUCCCUAAUUUCUGAAUCACGCUUGUAACGUCAAUAGGCUACAGUACCUUAUGUUUCGGAGGGGGAGGGGCAGGUAGCCUGCACACACUAGCAAAGAGUUUCAGCUGGCAGGCAGACACUGGAAAAAGAGUGAGGGCUUUGCAUAGGCGCUUUGUUGCAUUUUUUAUGGGACUGGGAAAAAAUGCCCAUAACGUAAAAUAACGUUAUUAACCGGUCUCCAUGCUUGUAAAAUAACAGUUCUGUUCCGGAACAGUAUAGAUCACUUUUGUUCCCGGUUCUGAUUCUGUUCCUCAAAAUGUUUUGUUAUUUUCCGGUUUUCAGUUCUGUUCCCUGAACCGGUUCCAACCCUUGUGUGUGCUUUCGUGCCCGUGUGUGUCUGCGUUUCAGAGUGUACUGUAUAUGUGCUCCAAUGGAUCCCUUGCCAUGCUUGGCUACACUCAUAUUAUUUGGUCAUCAGUGCUCCCCCUCCCUCCUCCCCAACACCUCAGCAGCUUCUGCACUGCUGUAUCAUCUCCAGCCUUAGAUUCAUACUCUCACCUGCCUCUCCCUCCUCUGGCUCCCUGCAUGCACACCUGUAUUCCUCUUUACCUACCUACCUGGAUUCUAGUGUGCCUGUGAGCUAGGCUCCUGUUUAUGGAAGGAACUCUAAGUAUAGAAUAGAGUGAAUGAGGGACAGUUGAAGCUUAUUCUGUUGAGAGACAGGGAGGUAGCUAGUGUUGUCAUCCUGAGCUGGGUUUGGACCCUUGGUAUCUUUCCUAUGGUACGUAUAAACCACUUGCAUUUGCGUAUUGAUUAGUAUGAUCUGCAUAGCCCUUUCCUGCAGUUAGUGACCAAAAGCGCCCUCUUUAGCCUCGUGGGUGGAAUGUUAUUAAUAUUUUUCCUAAUUUCAUAUGAAAUAAAUAUGGAUUUUUAUGACAGAAAUCCGGUGUUUCUAUGUCAAACAAUUUUGUUAUAUUUCAGUCUUCUGUAAUAUUAGGAUGCAAACUCAAAAUUGAAUACAUUUCAACUCUAUAUCUGACAUGGCAAAAGUGUCUUAUUUUUUUAAGCCAAUAACCAGGUGUGUGAGGUGUAUAGAUUUGUUUAAGACUACCAAGAAUCACUCUGUGUGACCCAGAUUUAGCCCACUGCAGUAAAAGGUUAAAUGUUUGUUAAUCUGACUGAGGCUGUAUGAUCUUAAUUUGAUCACUCUUUUGUUGCUGAGAAUUUUCCUUCACAGCAGGAAAUGCAAACUUGUAGUGUGUUUGAGGUUUAAAAAGGCUUUGUAAAGUUUGUAAUUUCCACUUUAAAAUGUCAGACUUGAUUUUCCCUAAAGAACAAUGUAUCAACCCCUACAAAAAUGGUCCAUUAAUUAUAAUCCACAUAAUAAUUCACAUUUCCUGUUGCUGCAGGAUUAUUUUCCUGCUGUAGCAAACUGGCUCAAAUUAAGAUCCUACAUCUGUAGUCCACACCUGAUGGUUGCAUUCUUGCGUUGUUUUGAGAUGUAUUUGGCUUUGUUGAACAGAUUUACAAAUAUUACAAUCUAAAGUCCAUUGCAUUGUGAUAAUGUCAAUAAUAAUAGUAUAGUUACUAGGUGAGUAGAUGUGUGGCUUGUCAGUUGAACACACAAAAGCUGACUUGUCAUGAAUAUGUUUGAUAAUGUGGGUUUUAUUCAAGUCUGUUCUGCCUUGCAUGUGUUUGACCUUGAUUUGAAAUGACUAGGAGAAGCGUGGCUAGACCCUGGCUAUUUUUUAAUAUUAUGCAGACACAUCAGCCUUGAGAGAACAAUUGCUUUUGUAGUCUUACUGUAUGUUGCUUCUUUCUGAAGGAUUUUCCCUUUCCAGUUCAUCCUCCCAAACCUGUCAAGUUGAAUACAGUGUAACAUUAUAUAUUUUCUUGAAAGAACACUUUAUCUUAUCGCCUUCAUUUUAUGGUUCUUAUCAAAAGAGGGUUUGAUAGAUAUCAGUGAAUUAAUGAAAGGAAAGAUGGAAAGCAGAAAUUGAACUCUGAUCAACUGCUCCACAAACAGAAAACCUUCCAGAAAAAUCUUCUAUCUGACAUGUAUCUAUAUCUGCAGCUAAUUGGACGGUCACGCUCAUAGUUUUUUAUUAUUAAGGACCUUAUUUGUCGGUCCAGGCCUUUGUUGUGGUGGUGAUAUGUGAUCCUCUGUAAUAACUGUGUGUUGUUAUUGGACACCACUGUGUUCUAUUGUGAUGGGGGUCGGGGGUGAAGAGACUGUCUCAUCCAUGUGAUGUUCAUCUCUGCUAAAUGUUUCUCUCCUGAUGGUGCAAGGGGUUAAGUUGGUUUAGGGCAGGGUAGGCAACCGUCGUUCUGGAGUGCCACAGGCAUUUCAUGUUUUUGAUUGAACUGACCUGGAAGACCAGGUAGACUAUAUACACAAAAGUAUGUGGACACCCCUUCAAAUUAGUGGAUUUGGCUAUUUCAGCCAUACAGCCAUCGCCUUACUAAGGAGCUCAGUGACUUUCAACGUGGCACCUUCAUAGGAUGCCACCUUUCCAAGAAGUUAGUUCAUCAAAUUUCUGCCCUGCUAGAGCAGUAUGAAAAAUGUAUGCACUCACUAACUGUAAGUCGCUCUGGAUAAGAACGUCUGCUAAAUGACUAAAAAUGUAAAAAGUGGAAACGUCUAGGAGCAACAAUGGCUCAGCCGCGAAGUGGUAGGCCACACAAGCGCACAGAAUGGGACCGCUGAGUGCUAAAGCGCGUAAUGCGUAGAAAUUGUCUGUCCUCGGUUGCAACACUCACUACCGAGUUCCAAACUGCCUCUGGAAGCAACGUCACCACAAGAACUGUUCGUUGGGAGCUUCAUGAAAUGGGUUUCCAUGGCCGAGCAGCCACACACAAGCCUAAGAUCACCAUGCGCAAUGCCAAGCGUCGGCUGGAGUGGUGUAAAGCUCACUGCCAUUGGACUCUGGAGUGAUGAAUCACGCUUCACCAUCUGGCAGUCCGACGGACAAAUCUGGGUUUGGCGGAUGCCAGGAGAACGCUACCUGUCUGAAUGCAGAGUGCCAACUGUAAAGUUUGAUGGAGGAGGAAUAAUGGUCUGGGGCUGUUUUUCAUGGUUCGGCCCCUUAGUUCUAGUGAAGGGAAAUCAACGCUACAGCAUGCAAUGACAUUCUAGAUGAUUCUGUGCUUCCAAUUUUAUGGCAACAGUUUGGGGGAGGCCCUUUCCUAUUUCAGCAUGCACAAAGCGAGGUCCAUACAGAAAUGGUUUGUUGAGAUCGGUGUAGAAGAACUUGACUGGCCUGCACAGAGCCCUGACCUCAAACCCAUCGAACACCUUUGGGAUGAAUUGUAACGCCGACUGCGAGCCAGGCCUAAUCGCCUAAUAUCAGUGACCGACCUCACUAAUGCUCUUGUGGCUUAAUGGAAGCAAGUCACCGCAGCAAUGUUGCAACAUCUAGUGGAAAGCCUACCCAGAACAGUGGAGGCUGUUAUAGCAGGAAAGGGGGGGAUCAACUCCAUAUUAAUGCACAUGAUUUUGGAAUGAGAUGUUCACAUACUUUUGGUAAUGUAGUGUAUGUUUGAAAUUAGCUUAGUUGGUCAAGUGUGGUGCCUAGUUCGAACAAAAUCCUGCAGUAACUGUGGCAAUCCAGGAACAGGGUUGCCUACCCCUGGUGUAGGGUUUAGUUAGUUACUGUAGUUUUUCAUAAUGUAUUACUGAACCGUUCAUAUGGUUCUUUGUUCAAUGAGGUCCUCCUCAGAUUAAUAUAUAGGUCCCUACAUGAGAGUUAACUGUCCUCUGAAUGUCAGCAUAAUGAGAACAGUUCAUGAAUUUGGGGAAAUAGUCUUUGUCAUUAUCCCCAAAGUGGUACAGUAGGUCUUCCCAGAUAUUUGACAUGAUUUGUAGGAUUUCAGUAGUUUCUUUAUAUUUAUUUUACUUUCUCCUCCUCUUCUCUUCCUCCCUCAGGGUGGGGAAGGGGGUAUUCUCAGCCAUGAAGCUCGGCAAGACCAAGAGCUCCAAGGACGACCACAAGAAAGGUAGGCUUUUACUAAUCAGCUGCCCAUCCAGACUUUGAUAAGCUGAAUCAGAUGUAUUAGAGCAGAGAUAGAGAUAGACCUGUGGCUCUCCAGGAAGAGGGUUUCCCUCCCCUGGCAUAAAGUAACAUGGGUUAUUGUGAUGCCACCCCCAAGAUGAGCCAGCCAUACUGGACAUGGAGUAUCUGGACAGGAAGGCCAUGCGUCUGGGAGGGGUGGGGGGUCUGGACCCAGACUGCAUCUCCCUGGCCUCUGUCACUGCCGUCACCACCAAUGUCUCCAACAAGAGGUCUGUGUACUUAUUUAUGUACUUACUUAUUGUUCAUGUUACUGCAAUGAUCCAUUGACCCUUUAUAACACUCUUAUUCAUGUUUAUAACCCACACCACAGUACUAGUUGAGUAAAUAGCAAACUGCAGGCUACACUCCACAAGGAAAAGCUCUGAUUUUUGUCUCCUUGACUCUCUCAGAUCAAAGCCUGAUAUCAAGAUGGAGCCUAGUUCUGGGAGGCCUGUGGAUUAUCAGGUGAGAGGAGGGAAAGAAUUACACCCCCCUCCAAAACAAAUAUGUACAAUUUUUUUUUUUUUUUAUUGUCACAUACACAAGAUAGGUGCAGUAAAAUGUGUUGUUAUACAGCAGUAUGGCACCUCUCGAGCAAAUUAGGGUAAGUGCCUUGCUCAAGGGCACAUUGACAGAUUUUUUAGCUCAGGUAUUUGAACUAGUGACCUUUACGGUUACUGGCCCAACGCUCUAACCGCUAGGCUACUUGCCACCCUAGAAAUGUGUUGUUUUACAGGGUCAGCCAUGGCGUAAAGUAGGAUUAGGUGCCUUGCUCAAGGACACAUCGACAGAUUUUCACCUUGAUGGCUACAGGCACUCCUGAAAAUUAAGAUUGUAUGCACUGUGGUCAGAUGUAACCAUGCCUGCCCUAAAGGGACUAGGCUUAACUCUACCCCUGCCAGCUGUGUGUGUUUGUCUCCACUGUAUAUGGGUGAUUCUACAGAAGUGGUGCAAAUUGCAGUCCCACCCCCCAAAAACGAUUUAAAAACGAAUUAUCUAAAAGAUGCUGUCCCAACUUUUGAUGUCACUACCGAAACACACACAUUAAAACCGAAACACACACAUUAAAAGACUGUGCCAUAGCCAGCAGGGGGCUCCAACCCUCCAAGAGCCCAAACAUUGACAUCUAUUUGGCCAAAACAUAGACGUCUAUAAUGUGCUAUACUGUACUGUACUGUACACUACUCUACUGUACUGUACUGUACUGUACUCAAGUUUACUCUACUUAAGUUUCUUACAAUUGAAGAAAGAGCCAAUGGACCAAUGUCCUGGUAUAAAUCUUGGCCUUGGCUCCUGAUCCCUAUACUACUUACAUGGUUUGAAUCACUUUGGUCAACUCUGAGUUCAACUCGGGACAGCUUUUAGCCAGGUACAUUUCUAUGGCAAUGAAUCUUUCAGAACUAACCUGCUCCUGGGCAGGCUAACUCAGGGCUAACUGAGUGUCUGAGCCAUUAGUUGAGGACCAAUAAAAUCAUAUUCCCUGCCUCUCACAAAGAUUGCACCAUCAUCCCCUUCAUUUGAGGAAGAUGACUGAUUCAAUAUUUUAUUAAUCAACUGUUUUUUUGUGUGUUAUUUUUUUUACAGAAUGCAUUUGAAACUUCACGCACAGUAAAACUUGUGUAUGACUUAAUACAAUUACUGUAUUUUAUUGAUAGAAGUGGGAAAAAAGGUGCACACCAUAGACGGCAUUAAAGAUUAGUAAUCAAAUAAAGACGGCACUUCAACAAGCCUAUUUCACACUAUAGCCUGAUUAAUUUGCAAGAUAACUUUCCUUUCAUUUUGAUUUCGGCACAAAUAAAAAUAUGGCACUGACUCGUCAAAAAUAUUUAUGUUUCAGCAUUGUCUCAAUGAAGAGUUUGACGUUUGACUAGCCACGUGCGACAGGCGCAUGCAGUUACAAGCCUGUUAGAAUUUGCGGCAGGCAGACAAGCAAUAUCCAUCGUCGUAGUACGGAUGAAGCCUGAGCUGGAAUGUGAAGCUGGCAAGCUUUCUAAAAUGAAUCUUUAAUAGAAGGUUAAUCAAAAUGAUCACUACUGUGCAUGGUUCUCCCUGUGACGUAUACGCAGGGAGUCAGGAAGCAGGUGCAGAAGGAGAGUUUAGUAACAAUGAAGCAAGGCAAAUGAACAAAACAGGGGAUGAGUACUGAACAUGAAAACAAACCAAUACUGUCUGAUGACUGAGGCUACUGAGGGCUAAAUAAAGGGAAGGUAAUCAAGGUGAUGAUGAUGUCCAGGUGUGCGUAAUGAUGGGGAGCAGGUGUGCGUAAUAAUGGUUGCCAGGGCAGGUGGUUAGUAGACCCGCGACGUCAAGCGCUGGAGAGAGGGAGCGUGAGUAAGCGUGACACUCCCUUUAUUGCAACUUUUUCAUUAUAUUUCGGUAGUGACAAAUUUAGUGGGGUGGUAAGGAAUUCAGGUAAAUAUUUCAAAUAUGCAAUACAAACCAAGUGUGUGAGUAGUAUAUAUGUCUAACUGAAAUAUGUUGGAAGACGUGUGCUGAAAGUUUGGGAAAAAAUUUCAACCGCCAAUUUGCCUCACUUCUGUAGAAUGACCCAUAUACUGUAUGCAUCUUUAGCUGCAUUACACAAUAGCUGCUGGAGUUCUUGGAGAGAGGAGAGAAGGAAGGAUGGAGGGGUGAAGGGUAGUAGAGAGGAAAGAAAGAAAGCUCCAGUAAGGAUACAAUUAGAGGAUAGUGUGAAGGCUGGGUGGGAAGAACAGAGUCUAGCAGCUCAUUAACGUAGCCUAACUCCAGGCUGCAGAAACUCUGAGUCUCCCCUGCCAACAACAGCACACUGGCCUCAAAUGUACUGUACCAGUCUCUGUGACCAGAAACCACAACAAUGCACUCUGACUGAGAUGUUCACAGCAGGGAUAAUUCACAUUUGGGCGGAAUGUUUUGGAAUGAAAUGAUUCCCAGUUGGAAGAUUCCCUCCCUGCUUAUUCCCUCCUGAUUGCGAUAAUCCUCCAGCAAUCCUAAUGCUAAUAUGUCCCAUUAGAUUAGCAUCACAGUGGUGGAGGCCAGGCAGCUGGUUGGCCUUAACAUGGACCCUGUGGUCUGUGUGGAGAUUGGGGACGACAAGAAGUACACCUCCAUGAAGGAGUCCACCAACUGCCCCUACUACAAUGAGGUAAGUCUCUCUCUCUCUCUCUCUCUCUCUCUCUCUCUCUCUCUCUCUCUCUCUCUCUCUCUCUCUCUCUCUCUCUUUCUCUCUCUUUCUCUCUCUUUCUCCCUCUUCCUCUCUCUUUCUCUUCCCCUCUCUCUCUCUCUCUCUCUCUCUCUCUCUCUCUCUUCUACAUUGUGUAUAAUUGAGUUGAAAAAGUGAGAAGAGCAGCCAGUCUCAGUCCAGAGGCUCCAGCACCAGCCUGGCUCUGUUCAGAUCAAAGCAUCUGCUCUGUGCUCAACAGGAAUCCUUUCUGCCUUGAGCUAUACACAUUACACUCUUAUUUCACGAGAGGGAGGCUGAGCUAAACGUCAAAGCAUUAUUCAGCUGGUGUCCUGAUCCUGCUAGGCAUUAAUCUGUAAUAAUUACCCUUGUAUUCAAUUAAAUUGACCUGGACGUGACUCAGAAUUGAUUCAACCAAUGCUGAAAGUAUGUUAAUUUGAUAAUUGUUGGUUGCAUUCUGUUAGUUAUUCACCUCAAGCAUUAGUGAUGGGGGAAAAAUCGAUACAGUUACAAAUCGGGGUAUUAUUUUGGAAGAUAUAUCAUAUCGUAUUGUUUUGACAAUAUCGCAAUAUUAUUUUAGCAAUAUUACUUUUUACUAGUUUUCUGUACCUGCACCAAAACUCCAGUAUCUUUCCUUCGUAGCCUGUUCUCCAUCUUCUUUCUAUAUAGGGAGCCAAGGUAUUUUCAGCACUUUUAUUUCCAUGAUUGAUCAAAACUCAUGGCUCUCUCUUGUCCCUCUGCACCAGACAUAUGGUGAGCAAUAUGUAUGGAACAUCGAAUCGCAAUGAAAUCACCAUAUCAAACCGCAAUAUAUAUAGAAUCGUGAGAAUCGUGAGAAUCGCAAUAUAUAUCAUAUCAUAUCGGCAACUAAGUAUCCACCUACUGUCCACAAUGUCUAUACAUCCCAUCACAUAUAUACAGUUGAAGUCGGAAGUUUACAUUCACUUAGGUUGGAGUCAUUAAAACUUGUUUUUCAACCACUCCACAAAUGUCUUGUUAACAAACUAUAGUUUUGGCAAGUCGGUUAGGACAUCUACGUUGUGCAUGACACAAGUAAUUUUUCCAGCAAUUGUUUACAGACAGAUUAUUUCACUUAUAAUUUACUGUAUUUCACUGUUUACGUACACUAAGUUGACUGUGCCUUUAAACAGCUUGGAAAAUUCCAGAAAAUAAUGUAAUGGCUUCUGAUAGGCUAAUUGACAUCAUUUGAGUCAAUUGGAGGUGUACCUGUGGAUGUAUUUCAAGGCCUACCUUCAAACUCAGUGCCUCUUUGCUUGACAUCAUGGGAAAAUCAAAAGAAAUCAGCCAAGACCUCAGAAAAACAAUUGUAGACCUCCACAAUUCUGGUUCAUCCUUGGGAGCAAUUUCCAAACGCCUGAAAGUACCACGUUCAUCUGUACAAACAAUAGUACGCAAGUAUAAACACCAUGGGACCACGCAGCCAUCAUACCGCUCAGGAAGGAGACGCGUUCUGUCUCCUAGAGAUGAACGUACUUUGGUGCGAAAAGUGCAAAUCAAUCCCAGAACAACAGCAAAGGACCUUGUGAAGAUGCUGGAGGAAACAGGUACAAAAGUAUCUAUAUCCACAGUAAAAUGAGUCCUAUAUCGACAUAAACUGAAAGGCCGCUCAGCAAGGAAGAAGCCACUGCUCCAAAACCGCCAUAAAAAAGCCAGACUACGGUUUGCAACUGUUUUUUGGGAGAAAUGUCCUCUGGUCUGAUGAAACAAAAAUAGAACUGUUUGGCCAUAAUGACCAUCGUUAUGUUUGGAGGAAAAAAGGGGGUGGCUUGCAAGCCAAAGAACACCAUCCCAACCGUGAAGCACGGGGGUGGCAGCAUCAUGCUGUGGGGGUGCUUUGCUGCAGGAGGGACUGGUGCACUUCACAAAAUAGAUGGCAUCAUGAGGAAGGAAAAUUAUGUGGAUAUAUUGAAGCAACAUCUCAAGACAUCAGUUAUGAAGUUAAAGCUUGGUCGCAAAUGGGUCUACCAAAUGGACCCAAGCAUACUUCAAAAGUUGUGGCAAAAUGUCUUAAGGACAACAAAGUCGAGGUAUUGGAGUGGCCAUCACAAAGCCCUGACCUCAAUCCUAUAGAAAAUAUGUGGGCAGAACUGAAAAAGUGUGUGUGAGCAAGGAGGCCUACAAACCUGAUACAGUUACACCAGCUCUGUCAGGAGGAAUGGGACAAAAUUCACCCAACUUAUUGUGGGCAGCUUGUGGAAGGCUACCCAAAAUGUUUGACCUAAGUUAAACAAUUUAAAGGCAAUGCUACCAAAUACUAAUUGAGUGUAUGUAAGCUUCUGACCCACUGGGAAUAUGAUGAAAGAAAUAAAAGCUGAAAUAAAUCAUUCUCUCUACUAUUAUUCGGACAUUUCACAUUCUUAAAAUAUUGUUGUGCAUUGUUAGAUAUUACGAUAUUACUGCACUGUUGGAGCUUGGAAAACAAGCAUUUCACUUCACCCGCAAUUACAUCUGCUAAAUAUGUGUUUGCGACCAAUACAAUUUUAUUUUAUUUUAUAAUAUCGUAUCGUGAGGUCCAUGGCAAUUCCCAGCCCUAUCAAGCAUGUAGAAACAUGUGUGUUGUGUCCAUGAUCAAUGAAUCCUUCAGGGGUUUAUUGAUUAAAUUCAACAUUUGAACCUACUGAACACAAUGGAAUGAUCAUCAUCAUGGGUAAUUUGACAGAAAGUAAGGAUACUGUAUCUGUCACAUCACAUCAUGCCUUCUCUUCUUCUCCCCACAGUAUUUUGUCUUUGACUUCCACGUCCCACCAGAUGUCAUGUUUGACAAGAUCCUGAAGCUCUCAGUAAGUGGCUCUUCUACACACACACACACACAGCCACUCCAUCUUUCUCUUCAUAGUAACAGCCUUUGAGCAUGAAACCAACAUUUGUAUCCUUCUCCCACACACUCUUAAUCCUGCUCCACUGCUCUAUACUGCUUCCAAAACAACAACAACAAACAGCCGUUCAGGCUCUGUAGCCCAUAUGUAUGUCCAAUGAAGCCCAUAUGUUUGCAGUACACUCUCUAUCUCUCUAUCUAUCUCUCUAUCUCUCUAUCUAUCUAUCUAUCUAUCUAUCUAUCUAUCUAUCUAUCUAUCUAUCUAUCUAUCUAUCUAUCUAUCUAUCUAUCUAUCUAUCUAUCUAUCUAUCUAUCUAUCUAUCUAUCUAUCUAUCUAUCUAUCUAUCUAUCUAUCUAUCUCUCUCACCAGGUGAUCCACUCUAAGAACCUGCUGCGGAGUGGCACCUUGGUUGGCACCUUCAAGCUGGAUGUUGGCACAGUCUACUCCCAGCCUGGUAAGUGGUAAGGUCCUGAGACUGAUGGUUGCCAUGGUUACAUUUAGUUCCUGUAAUUGGUUGAAAUAAUGAUUGAUUGAUUUAUGGAUGGAUACUUGUCUGUCACAGAGCACCAAUUCUACCACAAGUGGGCCACGCUGUCUGACCCUGAUGACAUCACGGCCGGCUGCAAAGGUUACAUCAAGUGUGACAUCGCCGUGGUGGGGAAGGGGGACAACAUCAAGACUCCCCACAAGGCCAACGAGACGGACGAAGACGAUAUAGAAGGGUAAGAGAAUGUUGUAGAAGGGUUAUAGAAUGUUGUAUUGUGGUCAGAGAAUGUUGUAGAAUGGCAAUACAAUGUUGUAGAAUGGUCAGAGAAUGUUGAAGAAUGGCAAUAUAAUGUUGUAGAAUGGUCAGAGAAUGUUGAAGAAUGGCAAUACAAUCUUGUAAAGUGGUCAGAGAAUGUUGUAGAAUGGCAAUACAAAGUUGUAGAAUGGUCAGAGAACGUUGAAGAAUGGUAAUACAAUGUUGUAAAGUGGUCAGAGAAUGUUGUAGAUUGGCAAUACAAUGUUUAGAGGGGUUAGGGGAUAAAAUAAUAAAGGCCAGAGAAUGACCUACAACCUUUUUUCAACCUUUUGUUUCUGGUCAGGAACCUCCUACUUCCGGAGGGAGUUCCCUUGGAGAGGCAGUGGGCACGGUUCUACGUGAAGAUCUACCGUGCUGAGGGCCUUCCCAAGAUGAACACUAGCAUCAUGGCCAACGUUAAGAAGGCCUUCAUAGGGGAGAACAGAGACCUGGUGGACCCCUACGUACAAGUGCUCUUCGCUGGACAGAAGGUAGGUCCACUACAGCCGCCCACUACUCAGGAGAUCAUGACUUCUCUGUUUUAUUUAUUUAUUUGAUAAACAAAAGAGACAAAUAACAUUACAUAAUGGAUCAAAAUCACAUUAUAAAUACAGUAUACAGUACCAUUUACAUAAUAUGAGGUGUCUUAGUGUAAGAAUUGAGUGUUUGUCAAUCCAAACGUAUGUUGAUGUUAUUUCCUCCAGGGGAAGACGUCGGUCCAGAAGAGUAGUUAUGAGCCGAUCUGGAAUGAGCAGGUUGCCUUCACUGAGAUGUUUCCUCCGCUCUGCAAACGCAUGAAGGUCCAGAUAAGAGACUCCGACAAAGUCAACGACGUCGCCAUAGGAACACACUUCAUUGACCUGCGAAAGAUCGCCAAUGAUGGUGACAAAGGUGAGGUGAUAUCUACCCCAACCAUAGCUCAAAAGUAUAAUAUUGACAGGACAUCAGGUCAAUCCAAUCCUAUUGUAGCACAUUAGUCAUUUUGGUAUUCAGUCGUUUUUACCAAGUCAUUAGAGGGCUUUGACCCAACUGAUUAAAGAAAGUCAACAAUAGUUUGCUGCUCCUGCACCACACUACACAUACAAUAGCCUUUCUCAGGACCCUGUUCUUUUUAAUUCUCCUGUCAUCCUCCAUCCCUCCUCUCCUCCCCCAGGGUUCCUGCCCACCAUGGGCCCAGCCUGGGUCAACAUGUAUGGCUCCACCCGCCAGUAUACUCUGAUGGAUGAGCACCAGGACCUGAAUGAGGGGCUGGGGGAAGGCGUGUCCUUCAGGGCCCGCCUCCUCAUCUCCGUUGCCGUGGAGAUCCUGGACACCACCUCCACUGAGAUUGUAAGCUCCACCGAGGUGCAGGUGGAGCCCGUCUCUAACAUCUCAGAGGUGAGUGCUCAUUGGAUGGUGACUAUUCAUUGGUUGCCAAGUAUGUCUGAGGUGAGUGCCAUUGGCUCUUCCUUUCAUUGGCUGGCUGUCAUUGACUCACACUUCACACUACAGUACUAUGUUCAAACUUGACAUUUUAUUCACCUAUCAUGACCCUUCCCACCCCCAGUAAUUCUGAUUAUGAGGCAGAGGACUAUUGGGAGAAACUGACAAACUAUUGAGUGUCCCCAAAUCUUUUCAGUUAUGAUACAUAACCCCUACGCGUCUUCAGCUUUGCCCUUUGACCCUGCCUAUGACCUCCUGACCUCCCCAUAAACAGUCAGUGGUUAGAUGUCUCCAUUCUGUUGUUACAGUAUAUUACAUUGCAUUGACAUUAAAUUGCCGUUAAAGUUGUUAACUGGCCCUUAGGGAAAUCAGUAGCUAGUGUUACCCCAGACUAAACAUUAGCUUUGUUACCCCAGGCUAAACAUUAGCUUUGUUACCCCAGGCUAAACAUUAGCUUUGUUACCCCAGGCUAAACAUUAGCUUUGUUACCCCAGGCUAAACAUUAGCUUUCCCAACUGUCCCCUAGCUGUCUCUUUGUUUAGCUAAUGUCUCCCUAAUGUCUCCCUUGGGUGCAGUAAGUUAUUGAUAUCAGUUUGACUAUAUGCCAGGUGCAGGUGUAGCUAUCACCCCUUAGCCUAGAGGAGAGGAGAGAGAGACAGAGAGAGAGAGAGAGAGAAAUAGAGAGAGAUUUUACCUAACGUGCUCUCAAUCAACACUGACUUGAAAAAAACAUGUUUUGAUUAAAAAGAAAGACCUGCGUGUCAGUGACUGAGACUGUAUUUGUUUAUUUUGCAUACUGCGUGUGUGAGAGUUUAAGGUCAAAGGGUGGUUGGUUCUACCUUUCAUUUGUAUUCUGUUGUUUACUUUGUCUUCUUUAUUAUGUUGUUCAGAGUGCCACAGGGAAAAUAGAGGAAUUCUUCCUGUUUGGUUCCUUCCUGGAGGCCACCAUGAUCGACAGGAAGAUCGGCGAUAAGCCAAUCAGCUUCGAGGUCACAAUAGGUAAGUACUACACUCAAGGGAAUACAGUAAUAACUUGACCGACUCAAUUAUCAUAAGUAUUUGACUAAAAAGAGAGUACUCAAUGAUUUGUAUGUUUGGCAUGUAAAUAACCACAAACAAUAACACAACCAUAAAAUUCUACUACUCACUCAACUUUUCACAUUUCCUUCUCCCAGGUAACUACGGCAACCAGAUAGAUGGAGUGAGCAAGCCCUCGGCAGCUAAGAAGAAGAAGAAAGAGGGAGGAGGAGGAGAGAGUGAUGAGGAGUCAGAGCUGAUCCAGCAAAACUCCAGUGAGGACGAGGCGGAUGAUGAUGGGGACCUGGUGACUGUGUCCUCCACCCCUCCCAUGAAACCUGUCAUCACAGACAGGUCAGAGGGCAGGGGUUCAAGGGUCAGGGGUCAUCAGUGGUGGGUGGGUCAUGUUCCGUUAGUUCCUCCUGGGUCACAGCUAAAGCCAGGGUUCUGGUUUGAAAUAUUGUUUUGCUGAUGGGGUGUCACAACUAAAAAAAGUCAGGGAACCACUUGGUCUAGAUCUUCCUUAUUCAUAGAAUAGGAUACAGUAUGUAUCACAAAAUACUCUAACAUAAAAUAAUGGAGAUAAGAGAAUAACAUGGUACAAGGUACAAAAGGAAAAAAAAUUGAAAUGUGAAAGAAAUCAGUUUCCAUUGAUCUCAUUCUCUGAGGGACUCUGAUAAAGUCAACACUCUUCCUCUCCCCUGUCAGAUAAGAGUUGAUAGGAUCACAUCUGUUUUACACAGCCUAGAAAUGUUUGAUUUAUUUUAUUUGUGCCAAACUUUAGGAACUACUUCCACCUGCCCUACUUUGAGAAGAAGCCAUGUAUCUACAUCAAGAGCUGGUGGCAGGACCAAAGGAGACGACUUUACAACUCCAACAUCAUGGACAAGAUCGCUGACAAACUGGUCAGUAACCACUCAUGUUGAAUGUGCACCAUUGUGCAGGAUAAUAAGUUAAUUAAUCCCAAUUAACUCAAGGUAUUACUUAGAAAAAAGGGUUCCAAAAUGGUUCUUCGGCUGUCCCCAUAGGAGAACCCUUUUUGGUUCCAGGGAGAACCCUUUUUGGUUCCACAUAGAAAGGGUCCUACAUGGAACCCAAAAUGGAUCUACCUGGAACCAAAUGGGUUCUACAUGGAACCAAAAAGGGUUCUUCAAAGGGUUUUCCUAUGGGGACAGCCGAAGAACCCUUUUAGGUUCUAGAUAGCACCUUUUUUUCUAAGAGUGUAUUGUAUCUGAUGCCCUUGUUUGUGUUUGUGUGUUGUGUCUGACAGGAGGAGGGUCUGAAUGACGUGCAGGAGAUCAUUAAGACAGAGAAAGCCUAUCCAGAGCGUAGACUCAGAGGGGUGCUGGAGGAACUCAGCACAGGCUGCAAGUGAGCUAACAUUACUGAUACGACAACCAUAAUCAAUUCAUAAUUACUUUUUUAUCUUUACCUUUAACUCUGCAUUGUUGGAAAAGGACCUGCAAGUAAGCCUUUCACUGUUAGUCUACACCUGUUGUUUACGAAGCAUGUGACAAACAUUUGAUUUGAUUUGAUUCUACAGAUACAGUGACUGGAGUGCCAAAGCCAGAGACACAGUGAUGCCAACCAAAGUAUCUUCUUUAAGUGUCUCUGUAUUUUUACUUUCAGUCGUUUCGUGACUUUGGCCAACAAGGACCAGAACCAGGCAGGCAGAACCAAACUGGACAAAGAGCGACUCAAGUCCUGCAUGAGAGAGAUGGUACAGUGCUGCUCUGAGAGAGUAAUUGAGAGAGUUGCUAUGGUUAUGAAUGUAUCCUCAUGUAGCAGAGCGUGGGAAUGUGUAUAAUGUAAUAUCCUCUGUAGGAAAGCAUGGGCCAGCAGGCCAAGCUGAUUCGCUCCCAGGUGAAGAGGAACACAGUGAGAGACAAACUGAAGAUGGUUCAGAACUUCCUGCACAGGCUCCGUUUCCUUGCCGACGAGGUACAGAUUCUGUUACACUCAACUUUAUUUAUAACACAUUCUAGGCGCAUCGACAGAGCAAUUGAUAGAGAGAACACAAGCAACCUCAGAAAGAUUCAGCAACCUCCCGCCAGUGAAUCCUAACUCUCCCUUAUAAAACACUAGCAUAAUAAUAACCAAUCACUUUGUACAGUAAAGAGCACCACUGUGAACUAAUAAACUGUACACUCAUAAAAUGUAAAUCACUGUUGAAAUAGUGUGCGUCCUUGUGGAUAUCAAUGUCAUUUAUGUUAUACCCAGGAAUUUCAGCCUGUAUUGACCACUAUGUCGGUGUCAAUAACACUUUGAACCUGUAUCCAGCCCCAGCACAGUAUCCCAGACGUGUUUGUAUGGAUGAUGAGUAACAACAAGCGUAUCGCCUACGCCCGCAUCCCCUCCAAAGACAUCCUCUACUCCAUCAUAGACGAGGAGACAGGCAAGGACUGUGGCAAGGUCAAAGCUGUCUUCCUCAGGGUACGUGAACCUUCUUGGUUCUCUCCACCCUCUGCUUCUUCUUCUAGGGAUGCCUGAAUGACAAGCCCAAGCAGUUACACAAUCAAGGCAGGAGCAUAGGAAAGAGACCAAUAGAAAUACAACAAACACAAUCAUAGAAAAAACAAACACAUUCCUCAGUAAAGCGGUCCCCUAACAACAAUCUGAAUUGCCAGAAAGGCACCAAUGCGCCCAACUGUAGGGUAUUCUGAAGAUUGUUCUAUAAGUUAGGUACAAAGAAACUAAAAGCCGUUUUACCUAAAUCUGUAGUGACUGGAGAAAUGUCAAGAGUUAGCCAUCCCUGUGACUCUGUAUGGUAUCUCGUACUUCUAUAGGUUAGUAACGAGGUUAGGUAAUGCGGGCAUUUUUGCUAAAGGGAUUUAUAAAUGUACAGAAUGCAAUGUUUUGACCGACACACUGUCAGAGAGGGCCUGCCUACUUUCUGAUAGAGAAUGAAGUGAUGAGUACAAAACCUGGCGCCUGUGAUAAAAAAGGAAAUUUACGUUGGUGUUGCUGUUGUAUGUCUGUGACGUUGUGUCUCUAGAUCCCAAGCUAAGGCGAAGAUGUUUCUAUAGCUGAUGAAAGUUAUAUAAAUGUCCCUAUAACGUCGCUGUAACGUUUGUGUCCCCAGCUGCCUGGUAAGAAGGGGUUUGGUCCAGCUGGGUGGACAGUGCAGGCUAAGAUGGAGAUGUACCUGUGGCUGGGCCUCAACAAACAGAGGAAGGACUUCCUGUCUGGCCUGCCCAAUGGCUUUGAAGAGAACAAGGCUCCCAGGACAGGCUCCUGUCUGCAGUCUGUACCCCCCAUCAGUCUGGUCUAUAACAGUAAGUCUGUCUACAGUCUGUACACCCCACCAGUCUGGUCUAUAACAGUAAGUCUGUCUACAGUCUGUACCCCCCAUCAGUCUGGUUUAUAACAGUAAGUCUUUCUACAGUCUGUACACCCCACCAGUCUGGUUUAUAACAGUAAGUCUUUCUACAGUCUGUACACCCCACCAGUCUGGUCUAUAACAGUAAGUCUGUCUACAGUCUGUACCCCCCAUCAGUCUGGUCUAUAACAGUAAGUCUGUCUACAGUCUGUACACCCCACCAGUCUGGUCUAUAACAGUAAGUCUGUCUACAGUCUGUACACCCCACCAGUCUGGUUUAUAACAGUAAGUCUGUCUACAGUCUGUACCCCCCAUCAGUCUGGUCUAUAACAGUAAGUCUGUCUACAGUCUGUACCCCCCAUCAGUCUGGUCUAUAACAGUAAGUCUGUCUACAGUCUGUACCCCCCCAUCAGUCUGGUCUAUAACAGUAAGUCUGUCUACAGUCUGUACCCCCCCAUCAGUCUGGUCUAUAACAGUAAGUCUGUCUACAGUCUGUACACCCCACCAGUCUGGUCUAUAACAGUAAGUCUGUCUACAGUCUGUACACCCCACCAGUCUGGUCUAUAACAGUAAGUCUGUCUACAGUCUGUACACCCCACCAGUCUGGUCUAUAACAGUAAGUCUGUCUACAGUCUGUACCCCCCAUCAGUCUGGUCUAUAACAGUAAGUCUUUCUACAGACUGUACACCCCACCAGUCUGGUCUAUAACAGUAAGUCUGUCUACAGUCUGUACACCCCACCAGUCUGGUCUAUAACAGUAAGUCUGUCUACAGUCUGUACACCCCACCAGUCUGGUCUAUAACAGUAAGUCUGUCUACAGUCUGUACCCCCCCAUCAGUCUGGUCUAUAACAGUAAGUCUGUCUACAGUCUGUACCCCCCCAUCAGUCUGGUUUAUAACAGUAAGUCUGUCUACAGUCUGUACCCCCCAUCAGUCUGGUCUAUAACAGUAAGUCUGUCUACAGUCUGUACCCCCCCACCAGUCUGGUCUAUAACAGUAAGUCUGUCUACAGUCUGUACCCCCCAUCAGUCUGGUCUAUAACAGUAAGUCUUUCUACAGUCUGUACCCCCCCAUCAGUCUGGUCUAUAACAGUAAGUCUGUCUACAGUCUGUACCCCCCAUCAGUCUGGUCUAUAACAGUAAGUCUGUCUACAGUCUGUACCCCCCCACCAGUCUGGUCUAUAACAGUAAGUCUGUCUACAGUCUGUACCCCCCCACCAGUCUGGUCUAUAACAGUAAGUCUGUCUACAGUCUGUACCCCCCCAUCAGUCUGGUCUAUAACAGUAAGUCUGUCUACAGUCUGUACCCCCCCAUCAGUCUGGUCUAUAACAGUAAGUCUGUCUACAGUCUGUACCCCCCAUCAGUCUGGUCUAUAACAGUAAGUCUGUCUACAGUCUGUACCCCCCAUCAGUCUGGUCUAUAACAGUAAGUCUGUCUACAGUCUGUACCCCCCAUCAGUCUGGUUUAUAACAGUAAGUCUUUCUACAGUCUGUACCCCCCAUCAGUCUGGUCUAUAACAGUAAGUCUGUCUACAGUCUGUACACCCCACCAGUCUGGUUUAUAACAGUAAGUCUGUCUACAGUCUGUACCCCCCAUCAGUCUGGUCUAUAACAGUAAGUCUGUCUACAGUCUGUACCCCCCAUCAGUCUGGUCUAUAACAGUAAGUCUGUCUACAGUCUGUACCCCCCAUCAGUCUGGUCUAUAACAGUAAGUCUUUCUACAGUCUGUACCCCCCAUCAGUCUGGUUUAUAACAGUAAGUCUGUCUACAGUCUGUACCCCCCCAUCAGUCUGGUCUAUAACAGUAAGUCUUUCUACAGUCUGUACCCCCCAUCAGUCUGGUCUAUAACAGUAAGUCUGUCUACAGUCUGUACCCCCCACCAGUCUGGUCUAUAACAGUAAGUCUGUCUACAGUCUGUACCCCCCAUCAGUCUGGUCUAUAACAGUAAGUCUGUCUACAGUCUGUACCCCCCAUCAGUCUGGUCUAUAACAGUAAGUCUGUCUACAGUCUGUACCCCAUACAGUACUGUAUAUACUGUAGAUGUAGUAAGUAAGUACACACUGGUUGAAUCAACAUUGAACCAACGUGGAAUAGACGUUGAAUUGACGUGCCCAGUGGGUAUCUGCUUUAAAAGUUUUAUAUUUACACACUCCCUCUACCCAUUUAUUGAAGUACGUACUCAAGUGUUGAUGGCUCACAGCUGUGUAUAUGAGUGUUGUCUCAUCUCUGUGUCCUCUCUCUACUCUGCUGUGUAUAUGAGUGUUGUCUCAUCUCUGUGUCCUCUCUCUACUCUGCUGUGUAUAUGAGUGUUGUCUCAUCUCUGUGUCCUCUCUCUGGUCUGCAGUGAAGCAGGUGUUCCAGCUGAGGGCUCACAUGUACCAGGCCAGGAGUCUGUUUGCUGCAGACAGCAGCGGCCUGUCAGACCCCUUCGCCAGGGUCUUCUUCUCCACACACAGCCAGGUCACUGAGGUAAGAGAGAGGGUGUGUGUGAGUGUGUGUGUGCAUGCGUGUGUGCUUUUUAAAACUUUUAUUUAACCAGGUUAGUCUCGUUGAGAUACAAAUAUAUUUCAAGAGAGACCUGGUGUAUGUGUGUGUGUGUGUGUGUGUGUUUCUAGGUCCUGAGUGAGACUCUGUGCCCUACGUGGGAUCAGCUGUUGGUGUUUGAUGAUGUUGAGCUGUUCGGGGAGGCCGGCGAGCUACGAGACGACCCACCUAUCAUUGUGGUAGAGCUCUACGACCAGGACACUGUGGUACGACCCUAGAGAUAGAGAGAGAGGGGGGGACCUAUCAUUGUGGAAGAGGUCUACGACCAGGACACUUUGGUACAACCCUAGAGAUAGAGAGAGAGGGUGGGGGAUCUAUCAUUGUGGAAGAGGUCUACCUAUACCCAUAGUGAAGCAAAUGUUUUGUGAGAUUCAAAGGAUAUUAGGAUUCAAAGUACUGUGAGAUCUGUGAUCCAAACACUGUGUUUGUCCGUAUGUCCUUACUGUGUAUCUGUUGCUGUCUUCAUUUACCAUGUUCCUCCUGAUCCUCCUCAUAUUGUGGACGCUGUUGGGGCUAAGUACAGUGUGAAAGCUAGAAGUAGCGCCUCUCCUUUGGCCUUCUGUUUGCGUAGUAACGUAGCUAGUUAGCUGAGUCAUGCAAGAGGCAGGACAGGCUAUUUUAAAGGCCAUUCCCAAACUAGGUUUACCAUCUGUCGAUGACGUAGCCAUAAGCAUGUCCCUCUUGCAUUCCUCCAGUAGUGGUUGAAGUUAAUAGUUGUAGACACGGUUGUGUUUAAUAGCUGAAACAGUAGUUGAUUGGUUUGGUUGAAGUGUUUACUCUAACAGUCAUGCAUGCUUCUCAUAAAUUGAUGGAACCCAUAGGGAUAUGGGCCCUAGUAGGACUUCUUUUAAGUAUUUUAUUAGUCUUACAGUAGCAUCUGCUAUGAAUAGUCCCCACUUUAUACACCGUUUUCAGUAUUAGCUCUGUGCUUACACUGACCGCCAGUGGACAUGACAGGAAGUUUUUAUUUCUACCGUUUUCUCUGUUGCCAUGGUGGUAUCCAGGGCAAGGCAGAGUUCAUUGGUCGGACGUUUGCUAAGCCCAUCACUAAGAUGUGUGAUGAGCACUACGGCCCCCCAAGGUUCCCCCCUCAGCUGGAGUACUACCAGAUCUACCGUGGUAACUCUACCGCCGGUGAUCUACUGGCUGCCUUCGAGCUGCUACAGGUAAACUGAUCACACAUACACACACAUAGACACGUGCACACACACACACUAGGAAACUAACACAUAACAGGGACACACUGAGAGCAUGCCAGCUACAAGCAUGAAAAUAGUUUAAAAAUACACACCCGACACACAAGCAAGAAGUGAUUGGACAAAUUGAUCACGUGGAGAAUGAUCUUCAACAGAUUUACCAAAUGCAUAGAAUAUGCAACUACUGAACAUGUUGUGCACACCCUUAUGCACGGAACACAGUGACUAGUUAAUUCUUCAGCAAAUCUAGAAAAGAAAGGUCUCUUUUUCUCUCUCUCUCUCUCUGUCUUUCCUUUUCUUCAUCUGUCUGUUAUCCAUUUCCAUUUCAUCUAAUUGUCUGCUCUCCCACAAUUCUCUGCCCUUCUCUCCUUCUUCCUCUAUGCCUCUCCUAUCCUACUCCCACCCUCUCCUCUCCUACUCCCACCCUCUCCUCUCCUACUCCCACCCUCUCCUCUCCUACUCCCACCCUCUCCUCUCCUACUCCCACCCUCUCCUCUCCUACUCCCACCCUCUCCUCUCCUACUCCCACCCUCUCCUCUCCUACUCCCCACCCUCUCCUCCCUACCUCCCACCCUCUCCUCUCCUACUCCCACCCUCUCCUCUCCUACUCCUACUCCCACCCUCUUCCUCUACUACCCACCUCUCCUCCUCUCUCCCACCCUCCUCCUAUCCUACUCCCACCCUUCCUACCCUACUCCCCCCUUCCUCCUGACUCCCACCUACCCCCUACCUAUCCACCUUACGUACUCCGGUACCCUGCCCCCGCUCUGCAGAUUCCCUAUGACGAUGAGGAGAUCAGGAGGGCUCUGAUUGCUGUCCAUGACUUUGCUGUUCCUCAGAUUAAGGUGCUAUUUUCACUCUUCUGUCCAUCCUUCUAUGGUCACUCUCUGGUCAGUCUAACUCUAUGGUCACUCUCUGGUCAGUCUAACUCUAUGGUCACUCUCUGGUCAGUCUAACUCUAUGGUCACUCUCUGGUCAGUCUAAGUGUUCUUCUGCCAGUGGAAGCUGGUGGGAGAAGCUAUAGGAGGACAGGCUCAUUGUAAUGGAUGGAAUUAAAUAAAUGGAACGGUGUCAAACACAUUCAUUAUAUAGAAACCACAUGUUUGACUCCAUUCCAUGUAUUCCAUUCUAGCCACUAUAAUGAGCCUGUCCUCCUACAGCUCCUCCCACCAGCCUCCUCUGUCUUAUGCUAAGUGUUUUAUUCUAUAUAGGAGCUUUUCUCCCUCUCUGCCCCAUCCGUCUCUAUUCAGUGUCUUGCUCUGUAACUAUUCUCUCUAACUUCUGUUCCUCUGCAAAACUAGGAAGAUAGUCCAAGCCAAACUAGGAAGCCAAACUAGAAACUUCAGACAAACUAGGAAGAUAGUCCAGAACAGCUUCAGUUGGGUCACUUUUAUCUCGGUAUACAUUUACAUUUACAUUUUAGUCAUUUAGCAGACGCUCUUAUCCAGAGCGACUUACAGUUAGUGCACACAUUUUCAUACGGAUACGGAUGCUGACUGUGUUGUGUAUCAAUUUGACCUACUGUACAUUUCUAUAUGUUUUGUGUCAUUUUUAUAUAUUUUUCUGAUUUGUUGUAUACUUACUGCAAGUUGUUUUGGUUGUUUGUUUUUUUGGUUAGUUUUUUUACCGGUAUUUCAACCAUUAUCCACUAGGUUUGCUGCAGGUAGAAAAUCCUAGGAAAUGUUAUUUAAUUGACGUAAGCUGUCUCCAAUCAAUCAAUCAAUCAAUGUCUGUUUGUGCGUGAGUUUUGUGGGGGGAUAGCCUUAGCCAGGGGAGGCAUAGCUCAACGAAUCUUAAUUGCACAAAGCCUAUUAUUUGGCAGGGAAUACUGUUUUGUAGAUCAGUGAUUCUACACCUCACUUUGCUCAAGCUGAUCCUCUCCAACGGACUCGGAUAUUGUAGCUAAAAAUGGGUCAAUUAGGGGCAGUUUAAGGGGAGAUAAUGGCAUAAUGGUUAAGGUGACAGUCACUGGACCCAGGUUCAAGUCCCGGUAGGGGCUACCCCCCAACAUACUUCCAUGGUUGGUUUCAAUUACUCUCCCCUUAAACUGCCCCUAAUUGACCCAUUUUUAGCUACAACUUCCAAGUCCAUUAGAGAGGAUCAGCUUGAGCAAAGUGAGGUGUAGUAUCACUGAUCUGCAAAUAGUAAUCCCUGCCAAAUAAUAAGCUUUGUGUAAUUAAGAUUCGUAGAGCUAUGCCUUCCCUGGCUUAGGCAAUCUCCCCACCAAACACUUGCGCACAACUAGACAUUGAUUGAUUGGGGACAGCUUAUAAAGAACAUUUCCUAGGAUUUUCUACCUGCAGCAAACCAAGUGGAUAAUGCUGGAAAUACCAGUCAAUAUUUUAUUUUAUUAACAACCAAAACAACUGGCCCUAUGUAUACUGUAUGUUACCUCCUCACCCCAAUUCUCUUCACUGAAUAGAUUGGACAAGGGGGGAGGGCGGAGCUUCCUGUCAUCGAUGGUCUGACAGACUCAGACCAUGGACCCAUCCUCCCUGUGCCCAUGGGCAUCAGACCUGUCCUAAGCCGCUACCGUAUAGAGGUGAGACAACACUCUAUGACUAGGGAACAGCGCUCCGAGAGGGCACUAAAACUACAAAUAGGGGGAUGGUACCCCAAACUAGAGGACAAAGAGAAGGUACCCCAAAACUAGAAACUAUAAGGAGGAGGAACUCCCUCAUUACUGUGGGUCGAAGACGUGGAGAUUCUGUAAGGGGAACUAGAAGUGGAACCCCCAAAUAAGUUGUUGAUCUGGGCGUGCUGUUCAAAUGGUCUGAUCCAAUGUGAUGGGUUGUGGUCCAGGUUCUGUUCUGGGGCCUGCGGGACCUGAAGAGAGUGAAUUUGGCACAGGUGGACAGACCCAGGGUGGACAUAGAGUGUGCAGGGAGAGGAGUUCAGUCUGCGCUCAUCGUGAACUUCAAAAAGAACCCCAACUUCAGCACCCUGGUCAAGUGGUUCGAGGUGGUGAGUAGAACCUGGUCAAAUCUUGAUGGCCUUUCAGACAAUGAAAGACAACAGAUACUGUACUGUACAUAUAUAAUAGAUUCCAGAUGUUUAAACCUUAGAUCAGGGCAACUUCAUACAACCCUAGUCCUAACUCUAUCUGUGACCCCCUGACCUUUGCCCCUAUGGCCCCAUCAGGACCUGCCAGAGAACGAGCUGCUCCACCCUCCACUAAACAUCCGGGUAGUGGACUGCAGGGCGUUUGGCCGAUACACCCUGGUGGGUUCCCACGCCGUCACCAGCCUACGGCGCUUCAUCUACAGCCCCCCAGACAAGACACACAACAACUGGGCCAGCGCAGGUAGACAUACUCACACUAUGCAAGACGCUUUUCUAGUACUUUCUAUUCCUAUUACAAGAUUUUAAAUUGUUGUGUUGUUCAGGGGAAUCGAAUACCAUGUAUUCAUACUAUUUUAGUAUAUACUGGACAUUUGGUGUUAUACUGUAUAUUCUCUGAGUCUAAUCUUCCAUAUUCUUUUCAACAGUUUCUGAUUUCCUCUCAGACUGAAUCAGACCUGUAUGAAUAUGAAUGUGUUUCCUACUGCUUUACUUACUUUGAUGCUUUCUGCGCUUGCGUUUUCCCACUCCUACUGCCCUUCUCUCACUGUCUCUGUACCAACCUGUCUUUCCCUCUCUCUCUCUCUCUCUCUCUCUCUCUCUCUCUCUCUCUCUCUCUCUCUCUCUCUCUCUCUCUCUCUUUUUCCUGGUUGUGUCUUGUUCCUCCUCGGUCACACCUCUGAACCCCCUCCAGCUAGACUGAUGAAUGGCUACAUGGUCCUGACGAACGGGGGGUCCCAAUCUCGCCCCUCCUCCCCUUACUCCCACACCCUGCCCCGCACCCUCUCUCGCCCCGCAGGUGAUGUCAUAGUCAACAUGGACGCCAACCCCUCAGUCAGGAAGAUGGACACGGUGGUCAAGUUAGAUGCUGUAAGCUUUGACUCGCAUGUCUCAGAUUUUAUCGCUUUUGAUUUAUUGCAUGUUUUUUUUAAAUGAAAAGGACAGAAGUAGAGAUGCACUCAAGGACUGAAAUUGAGCUUGAUGGCUUGACCUCUGGUCCUGUGUGUGGUGUAAAAUGCAGAUUUUUUAUUGGUUUAUAUUGAAGUAUUUUGCGUUUCAUUUGUGUGUAUUUUGGUGUUGUUUUGUGUGACCCUCUCCCUGUAGACGUCUGAUGCAGUUAUUAAAGUUGAUGUGGUAAGUGGCAUGGAACUGUCCCACCUCAUUUGAAAGAGCUUCACAAUGUGGACAGACAUCAAUUGCCACCUGUAACAUUUAUUUACUAUGCCAGGUAGCACUUUUGUUUGUUUGCUCUUGUAUCUGCAGAACGAGGAGGAGAAAGAAGAGAAGAAAAAGAAGAAGAAGAAGAAGAAGGGAGAGGUGGAGGAGGACGAUGAGACCGACGAGAGAACGCUGGACUGGUGGUCCAAAUAUUUCGCUUCCAUAGAGACACUGAUGGAGGUGAGAGAUCUAUUCUCAUCUAUUAUGUUGCUUUAUGUUCUGUCUGGUAGAAAUAUGGUUAUAUUCCGGAAAUUGAGUGUUUGAGUAGUUCCAAUUAGACAACUGUAGUGUUCUAGAAUAAAGUCAGUGUGUGUUGUGGGAAUAAUCCUGAUGUGUAGUUGUGUUUCCCAGAUCCUCAGGGCCCAGGAGGCAGCUCUGGCCGAGGCCGAGGAGAGGGAGGACCAGGAGAUAGCAGCAGAGGGAGAAGGUAAACACUGCUGGUGCUGAGCAAUAAAAAUGGUCUCUCAGGAUGACUAACAUGUCUCUCAGAAUGAUAGGAUUCUGUGCAGGCUCUGAAUAGAUAAAAUGCUGUCCAGAUAAAAUGAUAAUGUUAACGGGCUAGAUGAAUGUGUUCAGGCUAUUAUGAGCGUUAUAACGUCACCAAAUUACAGAAUGAUAUACUAGACAUUAGGAAUAUAACAUUAUUAACCGGUUCUCAAGAUUUAAAAAUAACGGUUCUGUAUAGCUUUGAAUAGUGGAUAAGAAUGGGAGUAGUGGAUGGCUGUGAUGUGUGCUUUAAUAGAUGGAUGAGCUAUAGGAUCAGUGUCUUUCUCUGCCUGCUUGCGGACUGGUGGAGAAGGCACCAGUUGAGUUGUAUCCUCAUCACUCACCCCCUUCAUCCCUAUGAUCCCCCACCUGAUUACCCCCCCAUCCAUCACCACCUAAAAUACAAUGAAAACAUGACCUCAUAUCAUACCAAUAGACCAUCACACCAGCAUGACCAACCCUGCAUUGCACUACCAUGAAAGUUGGCUGAUAAACUAAGCCAUUAAGAAACGUAACCUAUUGCUUUUAAAGCUUUUCUACCUUAUUAAAUCCCUUUCUCCCUUAAUCUAUUGAUUUAACCAUGAAGGAUUCCCUAUCAAGCAAAUAAUGUACAGUAUAUACAUCUACUAGCAUGAAGCAUGAACUCAAUUUUAAAUCAAAAGUGUAAAACACAUCAAUUAUUAAUGUCUUGUUUACCGAGUUCCUGUUAAGAUAUUCUCCCAGAAUUUGAAGAAAGGAUAAGGUGGCUCUUGUGAUAACACAAAUGUUCCAAUUGACAUUACUCAUGAUGGCAUGGAUAUCAGUUGCCCUGGCAAUGGAUGGCCAGAGGGGUCAGAUGUCAACUUUCAUGUUGAUUGAUAUCUGGAGUGCUGUGACGUGUCCCUCCCUUCGCUCCACUCCCCUCCCCUGCCCCCUCCACUCCCCCUCCUCCACUCCUUUCACUCACUCCACACUCAGAUAUCAAACCUGAUGACCUCCCUGUAAAAGGCUCCAAGGGGAAGGAGAAGAGCCGAGACAAGAGCAGGAACAAAGAGAAGAAGAAGAGUCACCAUGCAGGAGAGGGGACAGAGAAACGCCCCAGCAAACCCAAAGUGGACGAGCUGCUGGUCAGUAGGCCUAGAGAUUCCACUGGGCACACACAAACAUACACACCCCUUGCUGUUCAGAAUGUUUCUGAUACGUGUGUGUGUGUGUGAACGUGUUUAACCAUAAGUCCCCACAAGAGUAGUAAACUCACGAACAUUUGACCAACUGGGGACAUUUUGUCAAAGGUCAAAUGCUAUUUCUAGGGGGCUUCGUGUUAAGGUUAGAAUUAUUGUUAGGAUUAGAAUUAGGUUUAGGGUUAGUAGCUAGGGUUAAGGUUAGGGAAAAUAGGAUUUUGAAUGGGACUGAAUUGUGUGUCCCCACAAGGUCAGUUAUAAAACUGUCUGUGUGUUUGUCUGUGUGUGUGUGUGUGUGUGUGUGUGUGUGUGUGCUGUCCAGGUGUACAACAAGGAGUUGGAGGCAGAGUAUGAUAACUUUGAGGACUGGCUCCAUACCUUCAACUUGUACAGAGGGAAGGCAGGGGAUGAUGACGAAGCUGCCCUGGAUGACGACAGGAUCGUGGGCAGAUUCAAGGGCUCCAUGUGCAUGUACAAGCUGCCUCUGUCUGAGGAGAUCACCCGGGAGGCGGGCUUCGACCCUAACAUGGGCAUGUUCCAGAGCAUUCCACACAACGACCCAAUCAAUGUGCUGGUGCGCGUCUUCGUAGUCAGGGUGAGUGACCAUAAACAACAUCUUUCUCAGGUUUUUGCUCUAAAGCAUAGCGACCUUAUCAUGUUUUCUCAGUCAACUCUCUUGGUAAAGUAAGGCUUCAAUAGAUUUUAAGAAUUAAUUAAUUAAUUAAUAAAAACCUAAACCAUACCACAUACUCCAACUCUCUAUUCCAGGCCACAGACCUCCACCCUGCUGAUGUCAAUGGGAAAGCGGACCCCUACGUCGUCAUCAAACUGGGCAAGUCAGAGCUGAAGGAUAAAGAGAACUACAUCUCCAAACAGCUCAACCCUGUCUUUGGCAAGUGAGUGUGGAUGGAUACACUGACUGCCCUUUGCUUCUGAUUCAGCUAUUGUAUUGAAGCAUUUCUUGACUCUUGUAGCUGGCAUAGAUGCAUUGGCAUCGCCAUCUAUGAAAAGCUUAUCUCUUCCUAUUUACAUUGACAUUUUUGUCAUUUAGCAGACGCUCUUAUCCAAAGCCUUUUUAAACACACCUUUGGUCACAGAACCCUUUGUACGUACAGUUUUAUCCAAGCAAUAUCAAAGCUCUUUUGCAAAAUGUUGAUGUGGAGUGGCCCCUCUCGCUAUUGAGGCUGCUCGAUACACAAAGACUCCCUUAAACGUGUUUGUACUUUUUGUUACGAUGGUUCCAUUGAAACAGAAGCUCAUGCCUUGCUUUACUGUGGGUUAUACAAUUAGGUCGGAUAUUUUUCUUCAGCUGUCCAGAUAAAAUGAUAAUGUUAACGGGCUAGAUGAAAAUGAUAAAUUCUGUGAAAUUUUAUCAGGUAACAAUAAUGUAAACGCCUGCGCCAAAGCCUGCCACCUUAUCCUCCAAUGGAGACGUUUGUUUAGAAGUGGCUAAUUGUCCUUUUAUCUACUAUGCAUUGUUUUUCUUUAUGCAUACAUGUAUAUAGAUCAGGGGUUGGAAACUAAAUUAUUUUCCAAUCGUUCCGUUCCGAACAGAAUACCUUUUUUUUUUCUCAUUCCGUCCCAGUGUUCCGACCGGUUCGAACCCCCAAGAAAAUCAACGGUUCAUAGAGUUCCUUUUCAGUUUUUCUUUAACCAGUGAAAUCAACAUAAUUUUUACAAAAUGGCUAAUUAAUUUACUCAACCCAUUAGCACGGAUAGAGAAUCUUGCUAUGGAACACGUAAGCUAGUUGUUUACAUGUUUGAUUGGUCAGAUAAGUGCAGGCGCGAGACGCAACAAAAAUGUCAUGAUGGGGAGAGAGCGAGAGAGAGGGGUGGACAUGGAGGGGGCUUGGCUUGAAGCACUGAACAUCAUGACAUGAGGUGAACUGGAAUGUGUUAAGGCUAUUAUGACCGUUAUAACGUCACCAAAUUACAGAAUGAUAUACUAGACAUUAGGAAUAUUAUUAACCGGUUCUCAAGAUUUAAAAAUAACGGUUCUGUUCCGGAAAACUAGAGAUCACUUUAGUUCCCGGUUCUGUUUACGUUCAUCAAAAAAGUAUGUUAUUUUUCGGUCUUCGUUUCUGUUCACUGAACCCCGGGUAUAGAUGAUGUAAUGUAUUAUAGAUGACGCCUGUCCCAUGUUUGACUAUGAUUGUUUUUAGUGUCUCAACUCAAUUUGAGUGGUCCACAAUGUGGUUUUUAAAAUAAUCUGUAUUUUGUAUUAGUGUAUCAUUGUGGAGUGACAGUUAAAUGUUUGUUUGUCUACAGUAUCAGAAUCUCAAAUGUCCUCCCUACUCUCUUCAUCUCAUCCCUUCCCUCCAUCCCUUCCUCUCCUUGCCUCCCUCCGUUCCUCCACUCCUUCAAAUCAAAUCAAAUCAAAUCAAAUGUUAUUUGUCACGAAUACAACAGGUGUAGACCUUAAAGUGAAACGCUUACUUACAAGCCCUUAACCAACAAUGCAGUUUUAAGAAAGAAUACCCAAAAAAAAUCACACAAACAAAUACAAUAUAAAAUAAUACGAAAUAAAACUAACAAAUAAUUAAAGAGCAGCAGUAAAAUAACAAUAGCGAGGCUAUAUACAGGGGGUACCGGUACCGAGUCAAUGUGUGGGGGCACUGGUUAGUCGAGGUAAUUGGGGUAAUAUGUACAUGUAGGUAGAGUUAUUAAAGUGACUAUGCAUAGAUAAUAAACAGAGAGUAGCAGCAGCGUAAAGGGGGGGAGGGGGGGGGGGGCAAUGCAAAUAGUCUGGGUAGCCAUUUGAUUCCACCCCCUCUCUUAGGGCGUUUGACAUUGAGGCUACGUUCCCCAUGGAGUCCAUGUUGACCGUGUCAGUGUACGACUGGGAUCUGGUGGGCACUGAUGACCUCAUCGGGGAGACCAAGAUCGACCUGGAGAACCGCUACUACAGCAAACACAGAGCCACCUGUGGCAUCGCUAACAACUACUCUGUGUGAGUUUCUGUCUGUCUGUUAGUUUGUUACUCUGUCAGCCUGUCUCCAAGUAAAAUUCGACAGCAGUCUGUUGUUGUUUGUUCCUGCUAGGCAUGGUUACAACAUGUGGCGUGACCCCAUGAAGCCAAGCCAGAUCCUGGCCAAGCUGUGUAAGGAGGGCAAACUGGACGGACCCCACUACGGCCCCGGGGGAAGGGUCAAGGUUGCCAAUCGUAUCUUCAUGGGUGCCACAGAGAUCGAGGAUGAGACUGGUAUGUUGUUGAUAUUUGAUGCAUUUUUGCAGUUCAACAGAGCAAGCUUUAUUAAGCUUUGCCUACAUUUAGAUAGACCUGGUAUUUAGUGUGUGUGUGUGUGUCUGUCUACAGGUCUAAAGAAGCAGACAGAUGAGCACCUGGCCCUGACGGUGCUGAAGCACUGGGAGGAGAUCCCCAGGGUGGGCUGUAAACUCAUCCCAGAACACGUCGAGACAAGACCCCUGCUCCACCCCGAGAAACCUGGCAUCGAACAGGUCACACACACACUCCUAGUUCUCACAAACAAUCCAUGUUUUAUUAUUAUAUAACAUUAUUAUAAGGGUUUAUCUGGAACUUAUUUACUGUUUUUUCUCCCCAAUUUCGUGAUAUCCAAUUGGUAGUUACAAACUUGUCUCAUCGCUGCAACUUCCCAACGGACUCGCUUUUGAGUUUAAUAAAAUGUCAUGGAGCGCCUUAUAAGGGUGAAAUAAUCAGACCUGGGUUCAAAUACUAUUUCAAAUAUCUCAAUUACUUUCACAUGCAUUUCAAAUAAGUAUUCAGAUAUAUUUUAUAUAAAAGGAAAAGUAGUUUAAUAUUUAUACAAGUAGUAUAAAUACACUUGGAAAGUAUUUGAAAAUACUCAAAUACACUGACUCAAAUACACUUCCUUGCAUUUAACCCAGGUAUUUGAAAAUAAACUCAGCAAAAAAAGAAACGUCCCUUUUUCAGGACCCUGUCUUUCAAAUAUAAUUCGUAAAAAUCCAAAUAACUUCACAGAUCUUCAUUGUAAAGGGUUUAAACACUGUUUAAACCUGUGGAACGGUCUGUCGUUAAUACACUAACAUCUUACAGACAGUAGGCAAUUAAGGUCACAGUUAGGAAAACUUAGGACACUAAAGAGGCCUUUCUACUGACUCUGAAAAACACCAAAAGAAAGAUGCCCAGGGUCCCUUGUCACGACUUCCGCUGAGGCUGCCUCCCCUCCUGGUUCGGGCAGGCUUCGGCGUUCGUCGUCACCGGAGUACUAGCUACUGCCGAUCCCAUUCUCAUCACUCCACUUGUCAUGUCUUGUCAAUCACACACACCUGGUGCUCAUUCCCCUAAUUAGUAUGUGUAUAAGUGUUCCCCUUGUCUUUGUGAGUGAUUGUUUGCUGUGAGAGCGUGUAGCUCGGUUGAGCUACUAUUCACUGUGUUUAUGCCAAGGUGGAUGUUUUCCCUUGUAAUAGUUUCGUUUGACGCUUUGGGUGUUUGAUUUAUGUAAACGGAAUAAACUCUGGACUUCGGUAUUUUACCUCCUGCGCCUGACUCCUUCAUUCACACCUCGUCACAUCCCUGCUCAUCUGCGUGAACAUGCCUUAGGCAUGCUGCAAGGAGGCAUGAGGACUGCAGAUGUGGCCAGGACUGUGAGACGCCUAAGACAGCGCUACAGGGAGACAGGACGGACAGCUGAUCGUCCUCGCAGUGGCAGACCACGUGUAACAACACCUGCACAGGAUCGGUACAUCCGAACUUCACCUCUGCGGGACAGGUACAGGAUGGCAACAACAACUGCCUGAGUUACACCAGGAACGCACAAUGCCUCCAUCAGUGCUCAGACUGUCCGCAAUAGGCUGAGAGAGGCUGGACUGAGGGCUUGUAGGCCUGUUGUAAGGCAGUACCUCACCAGUCAUCACCGGCAACAACGUCGCCUAUGGGCACAAACCCACCGUCGCUGGACCAGACAGGACUGGCAAAAAGUGCUCUUCACUGACGAGUCGAGGUUUUGUCUCACCAGGGGUGAUUGUCGGAUUUGUGUUUAUCGUCGAAGGAAUGAGCAUUACACCGAGGCCUGUACUCUGGCGCGAGAUCGAUUUGGAGGUGGAGGGUCUGUCAUGGUCUGGGGCAGUGUGUCACAGCAUCAUCGGACUGAGCUUGUUGCCAUUGCAGGCAAUCUCAACGCUGUGCGUUACAGGGAAGACAUCCUCCUCCCUCAUGUGGUACCCUUCCUGCAGGCUCAUCCUGACAUGACCCUCAGCAUGACAAUGCCACCAGCCAUACUGCUCGUUCUGUGCUUGAUUUCCUGCAAGACAGGAAUGUCAGUGUUCUGCCAUGGCCAGCGAAGAGCCCGGAUCUCAAUCCCAUUGAGCACGUCUGGGACCUGUUGGAUCGGAGGGUGAGGGCUAGGGCCAUUCCCCUCAGAGAGUGGGGUAACAUCUCACAGCAAGAACUGGCAAAUCUGGUGCAGUCCAUGAGGAGGAGAUGCACUGCAGUACUUAAUGCAGCUGGUGGCCACACCAGAUACUGACUGUUACUGUUAUUUUGACCCCCCCUUUGUUCAGGGACACAUUAUUCAAUUUCUGUUAGUCACAUGUCUGUGGAACUUGUUCAGUUUAUGUCUCAGUUGUUGAAUCUUGUUAUGUUCAUACAAAUAUUUACACAGUUUGCUGAAAAUAAACGCAGUUGACAGUGAGAGGACGUUUCUUUUUAUUGCUGAGUUUAGUAUUUGAAUUAAGUAUUUGAAUAUACAAUUUGGUAGUCUAUUUGGUUUUUCAAAUAACCAUUCUAAUACUCAAAUAAAAGUACUUGUUUUGGGCUGUGUAUUUGAAAAUACUCAAAUACAUAUAAGUAUUUAAAAUACCAGGUACUCAAAUAGAUAUGUAUGCUCGUCUAUCUCUUCUUCUAUAAACAGACACACACACACACACACACACACACACACACACUAAAUACCAGGUCUAUCUAAAUGUAGGCAAAGCUUAAUAAAGAGGAGUGGAUAAUUAAUCUGUAAUAAGUGGUUAUAACCUUUUGUGACCUAUGUUAAACUCCACAGGGGCGGAUUGAGAUGUGGGUAGACAUGUUCCCCAUGGACAUGCCAGCACCUGGACCCGCCAUUGACAUAUCACCACGGAAACCAAAGAAGUAGGUCCAGUCUGGGGCUGGCGGAAGUGUCCAGUCAGUGUAUACUAUACAUCACAGAUAGAUCAUGUGACAACUUAAACAUAGGAACUCCUUUCUGAAAGGUUGACUGAAGUAUUGCAUCUUAUGUAUGGUCCAAUAUGAAGUGCUGUGUGUGUAUAUAUAAGUCUUAAAUCAUAUGGACUUGUAGUUUUCCUACUAAUUCAGAUUCCAGGUUUUCUGUGGGAAGUGUUGUAGGUCCUUAGAGUGGGUUGGCUAUCUAGCAUUAGCCCUGGGACAUAGCUGUAGAGUCUACACAGCCAUGUUCCAAGGAUAAUUUAGCACCAGACAACAGCAGUCCAACUGUGUGUGUUCCUUCCUCCCUCCUCGCCAGACAUGAGCUCAGGGUGGUUAUAUGGAAUACAGACGAAGUAAUACUCGAGGACGAUGAUUACUUCACUGGGGAAAAGUCCAGUGACAUAUUUGUCAGGGGGUAG